AUAGUCCAUCGGACUGCGGUCCCCAGUGCACUGGCCCUGGAUUGGAUAGGGAAAAACCUGUACUGGUGUGACAUCGAGAGGAAGAGCCUGGAGGUGUCUAAAGCUAACGGCCUGUACCCCUCUGUACUGGUCAGCACUGGUAUCAGGAAUCCUACUGACCUGGCCCUGGAUCCACAGUCAGGGUACUGUAUCAGACACAUUGACCUCUAACCCUAACCACACUGACCUGGCCCUGGAUCCACAGUCAGGGUACUGUAUCAGACACAUUGACCUCUAACCCUAACCACACUGACCUGGCCCUGGAUCCACAGUCAGGGUACUGUAUCAGACACAUUGACCUCUAACCCUAACCACACUGACCUGGCCCUGGAUCCACAGUCAGGGUACUGUAUCAGACACAUUGACCUCUAACCCUAACCCCACUGACCUGGCCCUGGAUCCACAGUCAGGGUACUGUAUCAGACAAUUGGGACCUCUAACCCUAACCCCACUGACAACUUAGACAAACACUCAAGAACGCCUACACACUAAGCUGGACUGUCCGACUUUCAGCAGACAGGAGGCUUGUCAUGAAGGUCCCUUCAUGUUAGGACUCAAUCUAGAAGAAAGUUUAUUUACAUGUCAAAUCACCUAUUGGUGACACCACCCUUAUGGGAUUACUUGGCACAUUGUUAAACAAAUGUAAUAUUAAAUAAUGACUGUAAGUCACUCUGGAUAAGAGUGUCUGCUAAAUGACUAAAAUGUAAAUGUAAAAUGUGAUCAUAUACGGAGCAGUCUACUUUUACACCUGAGGGUUUUUCCAACGCUGAACACUAACUUUGUUUUUUUCAUUGUCAUUUUCCUGAUGUUAACCUACCAUUCUGAAGAUGUUUUGUAAGUGACACCUUGUAAGACCUCUCCACAUUCCUCCCUGUGUAGGUAUGCAUUCUGGGUGGACUGCUGUGAAUCCCCUCACAUCAGUCGUGUGGGCAUGGAUGGUCGAGGGCAGGUCGUUAUCAUCAACAAAGAGAUCUACAGCCCCACUGCCCUCACUAUAGAUUACACCAACAAGAGGCUGUACUGGGCAGAUGACAACCACAUUCUGUUCGCCAACAUGGACGGCUCACAGAGACACAAAGGUAAGGCAGAAUAUAAUGUUGGACCUUUUCCACUAUAAGGAUAUGUGAUUAAUCAGGGUUUGUACCCGGGUCUCCUGCGCACCACAAGACCAUUUCAGCUCGCUGAGCCAAAGCCUACGCAUUAGAUUGGGAGCUAACGCAAAUCUUGAGGUCUCAGGCUAGGUUACUCAUCACAAAAGUGUGAUUGUCAAGCCACCUCCAUUACACGUGUAUGGUGUGUUUUUGUGAGAUGUGCUCUCACUUUGCUCAUCAACUUGUGAUGAAAAUUUUUAUGUUGUUGCUUUUCUAUUGUAUACAUGUGCUGUUCUAAUAACCAAUUUCUGUGUUCAUGCAAGUAACUGAACAGACAAAUCCUCACUUAUCAGUAUCUGCAAUUUGGCAGUACGCCCAGACCUUGUUUUGAGAACGAAAGAUAUCUCAGUUUCAAGGUCUCAUCUUAGAGAGAAGAAGCCUCAUGAGGUAUUGGUCUGUCACAUUAUGAACCAGUAUUGGUCGGUCACAUGAAUGCAACAAAAGGGUAAUGAUGAAUUUAUUAUGCUAAAUCAUGCAAAUAUAACUUGUCUGUGUAUAGCCGUAUAUUAGACAACUGCUGGGACGGCCCCAGCAGAGCUGCUGAUUGACAUGUGUACAAUGGUGCAAUGAGUUGGUUGGAACCUAUCCAGCGCGCUGACAAUAAAUGAUGAUUCCUUUUUUUUUAGGGGGUAGAUCAGCUUUAAUAUUGUAGAUAGAUUGUAACUUCCAUCAUCCCCCAUAUGUUAUUUUUUCUCACAAAUAUACAGUGGGGGAAAAAAGUAUUUAGUCAGCCACCAAUUGUGCAAGUUCUCCCACUUAAAAAGAUGAGAGAGGCCUGUAAUUUUCAUCAUAGGUACACGUCAACUAUGACAGACAAAUUGAGAAAAAAAUCCAGAAAAUCACAUUGUAGGAUUUUUAAUGAAUUUAUUUGCAAAUUAUGGUGGAAAAUAAGUAUUUGGUCACCUACAAACAAGCAAGAUUUCUGACUCUCACAGACCUGUAACUUCUUCUUUAAGAGGCUCCUCUGUCCUCCACUCGUUACCUGUAUUAAUGGCACCUGUUUGAACUUGUUAUCAGUAUAAAAGACACCUGUCCACAACCUCAAACAGUCACACUCCAAGCUCCACUAUGGCCAAGACCAAAGAGCUGUCAAAGGACACCAGAAACAAAAUUGUAGACCUGCACCAGGCUGGGAAGACUGAAUCUGCAAUAGGUAAGCAGCUUGGUUUGAAGAAAUCAACUGUGGGAGCAAUUAUUAGGAAAUGGAAGACAUACAAGACCACUGAUAAUCUCCCUCGAUCUGGGGCUCCACGCAAGAUCUCACCCCGUGGGGUCAAAAUGAUCACAAGAACGGUGAGCAAAAAUCCCAGAACCACACGGGGGGACCUAGUGAAUGACCUGCAGAGAGCUGGGACCAAAGUAACAAAGCCUACCAUCAGUAAUACACUACGCCGCCAGGGACUUAAAAUCCUGCCGUGCCAGACGUGUCCCCCUGCUUAAGCCAGUACAUGUCCAGGCCUGAAGUUUGCUAGAGUGCAUUUGGAUGAUCCAGAAGAGGAUUGGGAGAAUGUCAUAUGGUCAGAUGAAACCAAAAUAUAACUUUUUGGUAAAAACUCAACUCGUCGUGUUUGGAGGACAAAGAAUGCUGAGUUGCAUCCAAAGAACACCAUACCUACUGUGAAGCUUGGGGGUGGAAACAUCAUGCUUUGGGGCUGUUUUUCUGCAAAGGGACCAGGACGACUGAUCCAUGUAAAGGAAAGAAUGGGGCCAUGUAUCGUGAGAUUUUGAGUGAAAACAUCCUUCCAUCAGCAAGGGCAUUGAAGAUGAAACGUGGCUGGGUCUUUCAGCAUGACAAUGAUCCCAAACACACCGCCCGGGCAACGAAGGAGUGGCUUCGUAAGAAGCAUUUCAAGGUCCUGGAGUGGCCUAGCCAGUCUCCAGAUCUCAACCCCAUAGAAAAUCUUUGGAGGGAGUUGAAAGACCGUGUUGCCCAGCGACAGCCCCAAAACAUCACUGCUCUAGAGGAGAUAUGCAUGGAGGAAUGGGCCAAAAUACCAGCAACAGUGUGUGAAAACCUUGUGAAGACUUACAGAAAACGUUUGACCUGUGUCAUUGACAACAAAGGGUAUAUAACAAAGUAUUGAGAAACUUUUGUUAUUGACCAAAUACUUAUUUUCCACCAUCAUUUGCAAAUAAAUUCAUUAAAAAUCCUACAAUGUGAUUUUCUGGAUUUUUUUCUUCUCAUUUUGUCUGUCAUAGUUGACGUGUACCUAUGAUGAAAAUUACAGGCCUCUCUCAUCUUUUUAAGUGGGAGAACUUGCAUAAUUGGUAUAUACAGUGAUGGAAAAAAGUAUUUGAUCCCCUGCUGAUUUUGUACGUUUGCCCACUGACAAAGAAAUGAUCAGUCUAUAAUUUUAAUGGUAGGUUUAUUUGAACAGUGAGAGACAGAAUAACAACAACAAAAAUCCAGAAAACGCAUGUCAAAAAUGUUAGAAAUUGAUUUGCAUUUUAAUGAGGGAAAUAAGUAUUUGACCCCCUCUCAAUCAGAAAGAUUUCUGGCUCCCAGGUGUCUUUUAUACAGGUAACGAGCUGAGAUUAGGAGCACACUCUUAAAGGGAGUGAUCCUAAUCUCAGCUUGUUACCUGUAUAAAAGACACCUGUCCACAGAAGCAAUCAAUCAGAACCCAAACUCUCCACAAUGGCCAAGACCAAAGAGCUCUCCAAGGAUGUCAGGGACAAGAUUGUAGACCUACACAAGUAUGGAAUGGGCUACAAGGUCAUCGCCAAGCAGCGUGGUGAGAAGGUGACAACAGUUGGUGCGAUUAUUUGCAAAUGGAAGAAACACAAAAGAACUGUCAAUCUCCCUCGGCCUGGGGCUCCAUGCAAGAUCUCACCUCGUGGAGUUGCAAUGAUCAUGAGAACGGUGAGGAAUCAGCCCAGAACUACACGGGAGGAUCUUGUCAAUGAUCUCAAGGCAGCUGGGACCAUAGUCACCAAGAAAACAAUUGGUAAAACACUAUGCCGUGAAGGACUGAAAUCCUGCAGCACCCGCAAGUUCCCCCUGCUCAAGAAAGCACAUAUACAUGCCCGUCUGAAGUUUGCCAAUGAACAUCUGAAUGAUUCAGAGGAGAACUGGGUGAAAGUGUUGUGGUCAGACGAGACCAAAAUCGAGCUCUUUGGCAUCGGGUCAACUCGCCGUGUUUGGAGGAGGAGGAAUGCUGCCUAUGACCCCAAGAACACCAUCCCCACCGUCAAACAUGGAGGUGGAAACAUUAUGCUUUGGGGGUGUUUUUCUGCUAAGGGGACAGGACAACUUCACUGCAUCAAAGGGACGAUGGACGGGGCCAUGUACCGUCAAAUCUUGGGUGAGAACCUCCUUCACUCAGCCAGGGCAUUGAAAAUGGGUCGUGGAUGGGUAUUCCAGCAUGACAAUGACCCAAAACACACGGCCAAGGCAACAAAGGAGUGGCUCAAGAAGAAGCACAUUAAGGUCCUGGAGUGGCCUAGCCAGUCUCCAGACCUUAAUCCCAUAGAAAAUAUGUGGAGGGAGCUGAAGGGUCGAGUUGCCAAACGUCAGCCUCAAAACACUAAUGACUUGAAAAAGAUCUGCAAAGAGGAGUGGAACAAAAUCCCUCCUGAGAUGUGUGCAAACCUGGUGGCCAACUACAAGAAACGUCUGACCUCUGUGAUUGCCAACAAGGGUUUUGCCACCAAGUACUAAAUCAUGUUUUGCAGAGUGGUCAAAUACUUAUUUCCCUCAUUAAAAUAUAAAUCAAUUUAUAACAUUUUUGACAUGCGUUCUUCUGGAUUUUGUUGUUGUUAUUCUGUCUCUCACUGUUCAAAUAAACCUACCAUUAAAAUUAUAGACUGAUCAUGUCUUUGUCAGUGGGCAAAUGUACAAAAUCAGCAGGGGAUCAAAUAAUUUUUUCCCUCACUGUAUAUAAAUAUACAUAUACAUACAUAUACACAUACAGUUGAAGUCGAAAGUUUACAUACACCUUAGCCAAUUACAUUUAAACUCAGUUUUUCACAAUUCCUGACAUUUAAUCCUAGUAAAAAUUCCCUGUCUUAGGUCAGUUAGGAUCACCACUUUAUUUUAAGAAUGUGAAAUGUCAGAAUAAUAGUAGAGAGAUUGGUUUAUUUCAGCUUUUGUUUCUUUCAUCAUAUUCCCAGUGGGUCAGAAGUUUACAUACACUCAAUUAGUAUUUGGUAGCAUUGCCUUUAAAUUGUUUAAUUGGGUCAAACGUUUCGGAUAGCCUUCCACAAGCUUCCCACAGUAAGUUGGGUGAAUUUUGGCCCAUUCCUCCUGACAGAGCUGGUGUAACUGAAUCAGGUUUGUAGGCCUCCUUGCUUGCACACACUUUUUCAGUUCUGCCCACAAAUUUUCUAUAGGAUUGAGGUCAGGGCUUUGUGAUGGCCACUCCAAUACCUUGAGUUUGUUGUCCUUAAGCCAUUUUGCCACAACUUUGGAAGUAUGCUUGGGGUCAUUGUCCAUUUGGAAGACCCAUUUGCGACCAAGCUGUAACUUCCUGACUGAUGUCGUGAGAAGUUGCUUCAAUAUAUCCACAUCAUUUUCCUUCCUCAUGAUGCCAUCUAUUUUGUGAAGUGCACCAGUCCGUCCUGCAGCAAAGCACCCCCACAGCAUAAUGCUGCCACCCCCGUGCUUCACGGUUGAGAUGGUGUUCUUCGGCUUGCAAGUUCUCCCUUUUUCCUCCAAACAUAACGAUGGUCAUUAUGGCCAAACAGUUCUAUUUUUGUUUCACCAGUCCAGAGGACAUCCAAAAAGCACAAUCUUUGUCCCCAUGUGCAGUUGCAAACCGUAGUCUGGCUUUUUUAUGGCAGUUUUGGAGCAGUGGCUUCUUCCUUGCUGAGCGACCUUUCAGGUUAUGUCGAUAUAUGACUAGUUUUACUGUGGAUAUAGAUAAUUUUGUACCUGUUUCCUCCAGCAUCUUCACAAGGUCCUUUGCUGUUGUUCUGGGAUUGAUUUGCACUUUUCGCACCAAAGUACGUUAAUCUCUAGGAUACAGAACGCGUCUCCUUCCUGAGCGGUAUGGCUGCUGCGUGGUCCCAUGGUGUUUAUACUUGCGUACUAUUGUUUGUACAGAUGAACGUGGUACCUUCAGGCGUUUGGAAAUUGCUCCCAAGGAUGAACCAGACUUGUGGAGGUCUACAAUUAAUUUUCUGAGGACUUGGCUGAUUUCUUUUGAUUUUUCCAUGAUGUCAAGCAAAGAGGCACUGAGUUUGAAGGUAGGCCUUGAAAUACAUCCACAGGUACACCUCCAAUUGAUUUUUUUGAAUUUUCUGGAAUUUUCCAAGCUGUUUAAAGGCACAGUCAACUUAUUGUAUGUCAACUUCUGACCCACUGGAAUUGUGAUACAGGGAAUUUUAAGUGAAAUAAUCUGUCUGUAAACAAUUGUUGGAAAAUAACUUGUGUCAUGCACAAAGUAGAUGUCCUAACCGACUUGCCAAAACUAUAGUUUGUUAACAAGAAAUUUGUGGAGUGGUUGAAAAACGAGUUUUAAUGACUCCAACCUAAGUGUAUGUAAACUUCCGACUUCAACUGUACAUACAUAUAAAUACAUAUACAUACAUAUAUAUACAUAUCCUUUUUAUAAAUAUAUUUCCCUUCAGUACUUUCCAUCCCCACCACCCCUUCCCUAAUUGGAGUAAACUAAUGAACAACAAUGCUUAGGCCUCUACUUCCAGCUUAUACAUUCUAUAUAAAUUUUAUGGACACAGUCAAUUUGACAAUAAUUCUAUUUUGUUUGUUUUUACUCCUGAACUUCCUCUACCCUCAACCUCUCCGAUCAUUUUCAUGAUGUCCAUCCGGUUUGCUUCUAUAUGCCAUAUCUUUCUAACUGUGCUCUUUCACAAAAGCUCUCAACCUAUAACCUAUAUUAUUAUGAUGGACACAGUAUGCUUUACAUUAGUUAUCUUGUUGUUAUUAGUUGUUAGUUGUUAUUAGUCCCAUCCUUCAACUCCAUUCAACACCACCCAUCUAUCUCUUAACAACAUCCAUAUUGGAUUUCUAUUUGCUAUAUAUUUCUCAACUGUACUGUACUGUGAACCUUUCUAUUCUUAUUGUUUCUACAGAUUGUAAAUUGAAAAUAUUUUUUUUUGCUAAAAGUAUUAUUAUAUUAUUGAUCGAUUGGCUAUGACUUUUCAGAUCACCCAGUAGUGCUAUGAUAAUUUACGAUUGACUUCGAGUGUCCCUGUGUAAGAAUUUCCAUGACAAACUAAUGAUGGGUCUACUUUUUUGUAUUGUGUCUCUCUCCAGUUUCCUAUGAACACAUCCAGGGGGUGAUGGGUCUGACACUGUUUGAGGACUUUGUCUACUGGACAGAUGGGAAAUCCAAGUCACUCCGACGAGCACAUAAAACUACUGGGGCCCAAGGAAUUGAGCUGCUCAACUCCUGGCAAGCCAUCAAAUCCGUCAAAGUUUACCAUUCACUACGCCAACCUGAAGGUAGAGUAACCCACCCAGCACAGCAGUCCCCUCACCUACCCACCUGCCAACACAUAGCCAUGGACAUAUACUCUGUGAUUACAGAGGUUAUUACAAUUAUAUAGUUUAUGAUAUCAUUAUAUAGGAUGUGAUUAGAUAAGGCAUGGUAUUAAGAAUGUGGCUAAUGUUCUAUUUAAUUAUGUUGUCAUUUCGGUUUUGUCCUCCCCCACCCUCUCUUUCUCUCUACCCCCUCUCUAUCUGUGCAGUGCCCAAGCACCAGUGUCAGGUGGCCAAUGGAGGAUGCAGCCACUUGUGUCUCCUUUCUCCCGGCGGGGAACACAAAUGUGCUUGUCCAACUAAUUUCUACCUUGCUGCUGACAGCAAGACCUGCCUCUCCAACUGCACUGCAAGUCAGGUCAGUGCCUAUCCCCUCUCACACGCCUCAGCACUUGUAGAUAUGGUAACUCUUUUUGCACAGUCUAUUAUUCUAUUCUGUUUUCCCUCAAGGCAGAUCUGCUGUUUCAUGCCUUUUCUCUUUGUUUAUCACACUCUCCCUUCUUUCCUGCCAUGCUUCUGUAGCUUAAGUCCCGUAAAAAUAGUAGUUGCUUGUUUUGCUUUGCUUUGAACAACAGUUUUUGUGUUAAGUUAGAAUUCUGUCUGGUUAAUUUGUGUAUUCUGUAGUUCCGCUGCGGGACCGACGAGUGUAUUCCUUUCUGGUGGAAGUGUGACACUGUUGAUGAUUGUGGCGAUGGAUCAGAUGAGCCUGCUGACUGUCGUGAGUAUCAUGUUUUCUCAUUUCAUACCAACUAUGCAUUACUGGACUUCCUGGGGAUGCUGGUAUGUUAGGCUACAUUCACACUGAGCAAAUUUAGGGGUUUUAAUCUAUUAUAAUCGUGUCAGUCAGCGCGGCUAUAGUAGGAAUUGAUUGUAGCUUAGUGUUAAAUUAAAAUCUCCCUACCAUCAUAUCUAAACCAAUACGACACCAAUGUCAAUAACACUUUGCAAAUCAACUUGAUUGGAGGUACACGACACACUCCGGACGUUACUGAGAACCACAUACCGGAUUUUUAACAGGGCUGUUAGAAUUAGGAAAGAAAUAGAAUUACUUGCCUCGACCUAGCUCAACAUCUAGGCGUUGGAUAAGAACGAGACUACAGCGUCCAUAAAGUAACCAUUAGACUUGCCACCUUUCGGACUGAAUAAGUUUGUAGUGGUAACAGUUUUGAUAAAAUUGAUAAUUUAUCGCUCUCAGGUGCCCAUUUCUGUACAUUAAGAACCAAUGAUGUGCUAACUUUUUGUAGCAUUUCUGACACUGCUAACAUAUUUUUUAGCCAAAGCUCAGAGUUCUAACACCGGGACCAACAACUAUGUUGCUAGUAGCAGGAUAGCAGCUGUAGCUAGCUAGCUAACACCAGUCAGAUGAGAAGCAAGCUACAAGCAAAGGAAGUAAGCUAGCUGGGUAUAUUUUGCUGUAGAAGGUUUUUCAUAUGGCUGAAGUCAUCUGUGUAAACUAAAUCAGAGCAUAAACAAAUAAGCUAGCGAACGUCCUUGGCCGCUAUUAUAGCCAGUUAGCUAGCCAACUAGCCAGUAGUUACAAGCCAACGAGACUGUGCCAUAGCUGAAUAGAUCGUGCAUCAACCACAACUCAAUGUUGACAAUAUAUCUUAGUUAGCUAAAUUCUUCCAUAGAGCAUACAGUACCUUGCGAAAGUAUUCACCCCCUUGGCAUUUUUCCUAUUUUGUUGCCUUACAACCUGGAAUUAAAAUGGAUUUUUGGGGGGUUUGUAUCAUUUGAUUUACACAACAUGCCUACCACUUUGAAGAUGCAAAAUAAAAAAAUUUGUGAAACAAACAAGAAAUAAGACAAAAAACAGAAAACUUGAGCGUGCAUAACUAUUUACCCCACCAAAGACAAUACUUUGUAGAGCCAACUUUUGCAGCAAAUAAAGCUGCAAGUCUCUUGGGGUAUGUCUCUAUAAGCUUGGCACAUCUAGCCACUGGGAUUUUUGCCCAUUCUUCAAGGCUAAACUGUUCCAGCUCCUUCAAAUUGGAUGUGUUCUGCUGGUGUACAGCAAUCUUUAAGUCAUACCACAGAUUCUCAAUUGGAUUGAGGUCUGGGCUUUGACUAGGCCAUUCCAAUACAUGUAAAUGUUUCCCCUUAAACCACUCGAGUGUUGCUUUAGCAAUAUGCUUAGGGUCGUUGUCCUGCUGGAAGGUGAACCUCCGUCCCAGUCUCAAAUCUCUGGAAGACUGAAACAGGUUUCCCUCAAGAAUUUCCCUGUAUUUAGCGCCAUCCAUCAUUCCAUCAAUUCUGACCAGUUUCCCAAUCCCUGCCGAUGAAAAACUUCCCCACAGCAUGAUGCUGCCACCACCAUGCUUCACUGUGGGGAUGGUGUUCUCGGGGUGAUCAGAGGUGUUGGGUUUGUGCCAGACAUAGCGUUUUCCUUGAUGGCCAAAAAGCUCAAUUUUAGUCUUGUCUGACCAGAGUACCUUCUUCCAUAUGUUUGGGGAGUCUCCCACAUGCCUUUUGGCGAACACCAAACGUGUUUGAUUAUUUUUUAAUCAAUGGCUUUUUUUCUGGCCACUCUUCCGUAAAGCCCAGCUCUGUGGAGUGUACGGCUUAAAGUGGUCCUAUGGACAGAUACUCCAAUCUCUGCUGUGGAGCUUUGCAGCUCCUUCAGGGUUAUCUUUGGUCUCUUUGUUGCCUCUCUGUUUAAUGCCCUCCUUGCCUGGUCCGUGAGUUUUGGUGGGCAGCCCUCUCUUGGCAGGUUUGUUGUGGUGCCAUAUUCUUUAAAUUUUUUAAUAAUGGAUUUAAUGGUGCUCCAUGGGAUGUUCAAAGUUUUGGAUAUGUUUUUAUAACCCAACCUUGAUCUGUACUUCUCCACAACUUUAUCCCUGACCUGUUUGGAGAGGUCCUUGGUCUUCAUGGUGCCGCUUGCUUGGUGGUGCCCCUUGCGUAGUGGUGUUGCAGACUCUGGGGCUUUUCAGAACAGGUGUAUAUAUACUGAGAUCAUGUGACAGAUCAUAUGACACUUAGAUUGCUCACAGGUGGACUUUAUUUAACUAAUUAUGUGACUUCUGAAGGUAAUUGGUUGCACCAGAUCUUAUUUAGAGGCUUCAUAGCAAAGGGGGUGAAUACAUAUGCACACACCACUUUUCCGUUAAUAAUGUUUUAGAAUUUUUGGAAAAAAGUUUAUUUAUUUAUUUCACUUCACCAAUUUGGACUAUUUUGUGUAUGUCCAUAACAUGGAAUCCAAAUAAAAAUCAAUUUAAAUUACAGGUUGUAAUGCAACAAAAUUGGAAAAACGCCAAGGGAGAUGAGUACUUUUGCAAGGCACUGUAGCUAGCUAAGUAAAGUUCAUAGUCAACACCAAACUUUGCUAUCUUAUAAUUCAUGCAAUGGGCAUUUCUUAUCUAGUUACUCCGGCAUGAAACAGUCAAGCUGGCUAGAUUAGUAGCUAUGUCAUCAUUUCAUCAACCAAGACCAGCCUCUUGCAACACAAACUGUAGCUGAUAAAACACAUUGUCUUGCUAAGAAAUAGUUAGCUAUGUUGAAUCUAAACCUGGCCAAUGCACAUGCAAGUAGUGCAUCGGCUGUGCAAUGCACUGAGUGUACACAUGCUGGCUAGCUAAUUAGCUAGAUCAACACAUGAGUCAGACACGUUGCUGUUAGAGCAUCCUGAACAAAUUCCAGCCCUUACCUUAUAACGCAUUAAUUCAGUACAACCCUCUUGUCAAUGCAAUUUUCUUUUUGCCAUUUUAAUCCAAAUUUGCGUUGACUAAUCAACAGUGUCAAGUUACUUUUCACUGUGCUCCCAGAAAUCUGAACCCAGUAAGCAAGAAUAAGUGUAAAAUACGUAUUCUCCAGAGGUUGAAGUUUGGUUCAUUUUAGGUUCUGAAUGAAUGGUAAAAAUACUUAUUUUCAGGAAGUUUAAAAUAUGUAUUUUCCAGACACUGAAAAUACGUUUUUUUCUGGAUGUUGAAAAUACAUAUUUUCCGGACGUUGAAAUCGGGUUCCUUUUUUGGUUCUGAAUUUAUGUUGAAACAAAUUGUUAUACUGUACUGUAAUGUACUGCAGUCUGCUGUGCUCUCCUUGGGGACCACCAGAUGUUUGUUGUAGCUCUGAACUAGCUAUUCAAGAGCUUGGGGAUGGGUUGACAAGUUGAAUCAGGUGUGCUAGCUCUGGAAUAGAUCAAUUGCAUGGAACGGCAUGGAGAGGUUUGAGAACCACUAUUCUACUGUACUGUGCUGUCCAAACUUGUGAAACAUAGAGGUCAAUGAUUGGUUCAGAUUUGGUCUUACUGGACCAAAUUUGAACCAAUCAUAGACGUCUAUGAUUGUUUCAGAUUUUCCCACGACCAGACCAAAAAUCUAUGUGGACGAGAUUCCCUAAAAACACGCUACUUCGAUACAGCUAAGACUUUUUCGUAGCAGGUUAGAAGAACUUACGCAGCAGGUUAGGAAAAUUAACGCAGCUGGUUAGGAGAAUUUACGUAGCAGGUUAGGAGAAUUAGGUUAAGGUUAGGAAAAGGGUUUGAGUUAGCGAAAAUGCUAUCCUAACCUGCUAUGAAAAGUCACUUGUAUCGAAGUGGCAUGUUUUUAGGGAGUCCCAGCCAUGGACGUUGAAAUCAAGUCCGGAACGCACCAAAAAAGACGGUGUCCGGACAUGACCAACAAAAUACCGUUGGCGUAAGUCCCCUUAGUGAAUAGUAGCCAUCACCAGGUAAAAAACUGGAGGGGGGUCAUGUCCGGAAAUGUAUUUCUUUCCAAAUGCUCAUUCAGCCUGUUUAUUCAGUACUUUGAGAGUCACUUACAGGAACUGGUAUGUGCUUAAUAUAAAGCAGUUUUUGAUAUUCACCCCCCUCCCCUCCUUAAAGGGACAAUCCAGUUAUUUAGCAUAAAUGCAAAUAGCCAUGUCUAUGAAGUAAUAGUACAAUUCACGCACCUAUCAAUAUAACGCAUUGCCAUCCCUACUGCCUCUGAUAUGGCGAACUCACUAUACACAAAUACUGCGUUUGUAAAUGAUGUCUGAGUGUUAAAUGAUGUCUGUCCAUAAAUAAAUAACAAACUAGGAAAUUGUGGUUUGCUUAAUAUAAGGAAUUUGAUGUGUAGCAUUUACUUUUUACUUUUUCUCCAGUAUGACAAUUGAGUACUUUUUAUAGCACCAUACUUAAGUACAUUUAAACCUGGAUACUUUUAGACUUUUACUCAAGUAGUAUUUUACUGGGUGACAUUUUCUAUUAAGGUAUCUUUACUCAAGUAUGACAAUUGAGAACUUUAUCCACCACUGCCGAUAGCGAUGCAACUUAAGCUUACGAGUGUUUUAACAAUGCAUUGUUUCUAUAACGGCCGAAGACACCACGUAGGGAGAACUUUCAAUAAGUUUGUCGUUAGAGUAUGUGUCGAUACUGAUAGAAAGGCAGCGCUGCUCUCGAAUCAGCGUUCUUCAUUCAAAUCUUACCUUAACAUUAAAUACUGAUGACAGAUCAGCUUCUACAAAUAAAUUGUCACCUAUGGCCACAAAUAUCGAGGCGGAUUAUUCUAAUGCAUAGGCUAUGAACAGCUUCUACCUUCAAGACAUAAGACUGCUAAGUAGUUAGUUAAAUAGUUAACCAAAUAGCUACCCGUAUCAUUAUUUUUUUGACUCAUCACAUACACUGCUGCUACUGUUUAUUAUCUAUCCUGUUGCCUAGUCACUUUAUUCCUAGUUAUAUAUACAUUAGUACCUCAAUUACCUCAUACCCCUGCAUAUCGACUCGGUACUGGUACCCGGUGUAUACAGUGAGGGGAAAAAAGUAUUUGAUCCCAUGCUGAUUUUGUAGCCCACUGACAAAGACUAUGUAGCCUACUGUAUUGAUAUUUUAAUUCAGUCAUCUCGGUUUCCAUUUGAAGCAUAUUUUUACCCUUUGCUUGUUUAUAACAAUUGCAAAGACAUUGGCAACUUUAUAUUGUAGUCAACUUUGUUCUGCAACUUUAGUAACAAUGGUUUUGGGAAACAGCUCUGAGAUUUACCAAUGCACCUACGAAGGUUCUAACAAUGAACUUAGCCUUAAGUUGAUUUUGGGAAACCGGGCCCUGGAUAGGGCUGUCGCGGUAACCAUAUUACCGCCCAACCAACAGUCACGAGUCAUGACAACAGUCAAAUUCCCUGUGACCGUUGGUCAUGGUAAUCCCAUCCAAAACUGUGCGAAUGGAGCUGGUGGGUAGCCUACCAAACUUGCUAACGGCCCUCGCUAAUGGCCUGGAUGAAUUUGAAUAACCUAAAUUAUGAGGACAAAUGAGGAUGGGAGCUAGAGUCCCAUUCUGAAAUGGACACAGGACAGCCCCGAACCCAAUAUGCAUGAAUAUAUUUUUUGAACCGUUCUGAAAGGACCUAAAGGACAACCAGACCCAUCUCCUUUUGACCCGGUCCAAUCCGAGUGAGGAAAGCAGCAGAAAAGCCAAUUGUUUUGCUACUUUAUUAAACCGGAGCAAUGGAGAAAGGGAGAGAGAGAAACAGCUACAGAGCAAGCAGCUGUAGGCUAUAAGGACAGAGUCCGUGCAGUGUGUGUGUGUGUGUGUGAAUGUGUGUAAGACACUGGAGGCUCGGAGCACCGGAGCAGGCAGGCAGGUUUGAGUAGGUUUGAAUCCUAAGCAACCUGCAUACACAUUGUCUGAAGAACAAUAGACCAACAUAGCUGCUAUAGUACUUCAAAGCUGUUCGCUGGAAAACCUUGGUAGAGCAUGGGUGGAGAAGGCAUUGUGAUGCUCAUGUGAAUUUACUUUAUUUUUCCGCUUCAGACCAAUGCCUACUUCUCACUUAAAAUGCAGUUUUUUGUUUUUAAUAAUCUAACUCAAUCUUUGAAACUAUAUUUUUUAUUACAUUUUACUGUGAUCUCAAAAAUGUUCUAGGAUAUUGCUGUAUAUUUUCAAAUGUGGAAUAUGUAUUAAAUGCUCGUUAACAUUUGCUACUUAGUAACACGUUUUAUUUUAGGGAUAUUUUCAGAAAUGCAAGAACUGCUGUUUUACAUUAAGUCUUUUUUUAAAUUACAAAUGUAUAGUUUAUCACCAUACGUGAGCAUACAUAAUGUUCAGUGUACAAGUACUGUAAUUAGCUGGUUUGCAUUCCCUGAGAUAACGUUGCUAAUACAUUUUCAUGCAGCUGAAUUCAAAUGUCAGCCUGGGCGGUUCCAGUGUGGCACUGGCCUCUGUGCUCUUCCUCCAUUCAUCUGUGAUGGAGAGAACGACUGUGGAGACAACUCAGAUGAGGCCAAUUGUGGUAAGGAGGAAGACUGGGGAUAUUACUAUAGAAAUUGAAUGCCUAGAACAGGAAUUCCCAUGCACGUAGAUGGGUGAAGUCAAAUUGCUGUGGUCUGAGGGGCUUCCCAGUUCUGUCAAUUAUAUCUCGAGGGUUGUUACUGUGCUUCACACUGAGUCUGUCUGUAAGAGUCUGUCAUCUGUUGAUAUCUGGCCACAAUAGCAUGUCGAUUAAAGAAGAACACUGUGGUUGUUAAUGUCCUUCACACCAACCCUGUUGAUGAGAAAAUAAGCUUCAUACCUUUCUUACUGCUUGAUACCUUUUAAGAAAUGUUGUUGCAAUAUAAGUAUGGAUUUCUGUCACAAUAAAAAGCCCAUGUGGGGAUGUUCUUUAAUUUCAAAGCAUUGUAAAACAUUUUAUUAGCUUGUUCUUGGCUUAGCCAACAUAACUUUCACUUUACCUUAAGGUGAUACAGCCCUUUUGUCCUGCAUAUUUUCUUUGAUGGAUACUUUUCACCUUAAAUGGAUGCUCUAUCAGUUCUACCUCUUCUCCUCCAUUUUGUCUUUCAGAGACGUACAUCUGUCUGUCAGGGCAGUUCAAAUGCACCCGGAAACAGAAGUGUAUCCCUCUAAACCUUCGCUGUAAUGGACAGGACGACUGUGGAGACGGAGAGGAUGAGACAGAAUGUCGUAAGAAGAAGAACCUUCUGGAUUAGUACCUGACGGAUUGUUUUAGGAAUCUUUAGGAUUACUUUUUGUUUAAUCGCUUUUUCCCCAAUGAAGAGUGAGAUGGAACUUAUUAUGUGAAGGUUUGACAAGUUGAGACAAGGUCCUUACCAGUGAAUUUAUAGUAAAGCUCAGACAGCCUACCCUUAUGUGCUGCCUUAAAUAAUAUCGAGUCAGAUAGUGAUUAGGUAUUCCAAAGGCAUGCUUGAUUAGCCCUUUCCCUGUGUGAGAGGAUUAGCUAUCAUUGAAUUAGUAAGUGAAAGAGAGAACAGAGAAUAAAGAGAGGUAUGUAUCUUCUGUGAGUGUAAUUCUAGCUAUCAGCAGUAGCAUUAUACGUCAGACAAAUGUCUGUGGGUUGCUACAUUUGUUUUGCCUGCCUGUGAUUUUAAGAUGGAGUGAGUGUCACUAUCAAGUGAGAGUCAGCAUAAAAGCCUUGAUUAAGUAGAGGUAUAUAAUUACUUCAGCCUUCUCGAUACACUGUACGAGUUGUAUGCAUUCUCACUUUGAAUUAGACUGUAAAAGAUCUUAUGAGGAGCACUGUGCCAAUCAAAAGAUAAUGGUACAGAUGUGGGAUCUUAAUUUGAGCCAGUUUUCUAGAGCAGGAAAAUAAUCCUGCGUUAACAGGAAAUGUGAAUUAUUAUGUGGAUUAUAAUUAAUGGCUAUUUUUGUAGGGGUUGAUACAUUUUUCUUCAGGGAAAAUCAAGUCUGAAAUUUGAAAGUGUAAAUAACAAACUUCAGAAGCCUUUUUAAACCUCAAAUACACUACACAUUUUAAAUGUCCUGCAUUGCAGAAAAGUUAUCUUGCAACAGGGUGAUCAAAUUAAGAUCCUUCAUCUGUAGCUGCAACUGUGAUAAUGGGAAGGUAACAGAAGACAACUGCUGCUGCUUUUGGCAUGCAGUGAUACUAUACCACAGUUGGUAUAGUAUCUGACUUCGAUUGUCUAGCCUGCAUAUAUGGUAUAUUGGUUGAACUGUUUAUUGUGUUAGCCUGUUUGCAAGUCAGUUAUUUCUGAGUCAGAGGCUGAUAAAAAUAAUAAUAAUUAUUAUUAUUGUUAUUAUUAUUAUUAUGAUGAUUACAUCUGUAAGGUAUAGUAAUACAUGUUAUUAACGCAGCAAUUUUUCUCUCUGUUCCUGCCUCUGUUAUUAAAUUAUAGGUAUUUUACACCGCCUAUCUGGCCUGUUAAUGUGAUCAAGGCUGUUCUUCUGUUAACACUGUCAAUAAUAGUGUUUGCUCAUCUCUCACUCAUUAUGACUCUCUCUCUCUCUCUCUCUCUCUCUCUCUCUCUCUCUCUCUCUCUCUCUCGCUCUCUCUCUCUCUCUCUCUCUCAUGGUCUCUCUCUCUCUCUCUCUCUCUCUCUCUCUCUCUCUCUCUCUCUCUCUCUCAUGGUCUCUCUCUCUCUCUCUCUCUCUCUCUCUCUCUCUUUCGCUCUCUCUCCCUUCCUCCCUCCCUUCCUCUCUCCCUCCUUGGCCUGGUGUAAACCUGGACCCCCUCCUCUCCACAGCGGAGAGCACCUGUUCCCCGGACCAGUUCCAAUGCAAGGCCUCCAUGCACUGCAUCUCCAAGCUGUGGGUGUGUGACGAGGACCCAGACUGCACGGACGGGUCAGAUGAAGCUAAUUGUGGUGAGUGGGGGAGCGCUUAAAUCAUAAAUCAAACCAGUCCUCUAGUUUUAUUGAGCCUCGGUUGAAAUCGUGAAAUCGUGACACAUGGGCACAUUCUCUUCUGCUCUGUGCUGAUUGAGUUGAAGCAGCCAUAAAGAAUGUCUACUGGUAGUUUAUCACCACAGGAUGUCAGAUUUGUCAGUAUUGUGUAUGGCACUGAAACACCAAACAUCACAUUGGAUAGUUAGUGCAUUAUGGCACUUCAUGAGCGCUUUGACCACCCCAAAAAAAGUUUAGAGUAGUCUUUUAAGGUUAUUUUAAGUGGUAGAGAACCUUUCCAACCUCCCACAACUAUCUCUUCCACCAGUCAUGACUUUAAACUGUGUAGCCUACUGGAGAGCAUCUGAGCUAACUUGAACGCCCUUUGUUCUGAGACACAAUACUGCUAGGAAGUCCCUCAACUGUGUUGUUAUACUUUAAAGCCGACGUCUUCCACUGGAGGAAGUGUUCAAUGAUUUUUAGCUAUGCUCACAUCUAGAGAAGGGAGAGAACAAGGUUCAGCAUGAAGUCUUCUCCCGCCUUUGUGCAGAGGUAGAAAGUGUUCUAUCUUUUAAUGUUGUUGUUGUCCUCUUCAUCUCAGCCCAACGGUUAUUUGAAUGGAUAGAUAGGCUGCCAUUCUCUUUGGUAAUAUCGAACAGCUCAAGAUCAAUUAUUUCUUUACUCAGUAUUGGUUAUUUUGUUAGAUACCUACUCUUCUUAAGUUCAAAACAAGCUGUAAGCUAAACAUCGCUGCUAACUAAUGACUGAAUUUAUUUUAGAAGUUGUAAAAUAUUAAUUAACAUGUCCUAAAUGCUGUUCAGUUGCACUAAAGUUUUACAUUUGAUACAGUGUUAGGGGGGGAAUUAUACACCAACACAAAAAGUAAUAAUAAUUGAGUGUAUAGAGGAUAAUUAGGAUAGUGAAAUAAAAGAAAAGGUUUUUCCAUUAUACUUCCAUUACCAGUUCCUUUUACCUGUGUGGAUGUGAUUGUUUUCCAUCUCUUGCACAUCUAGUUCAUAGAAAAUGAUUCACCUCUCGUAAGCUUUUGCGACUCUGCCUAAAAUGGCAUAUAAUUUAAACGAGACAGGUAAUACAGGCCUCCAACAGCAUCCAAACCAACCUUGUCUUUCUUUGUUAUUUGGCUGAGGCAAUUUAAUCGAUUGUGUGGUAGAUUUAAAAUAACUUUUCUUAAAUGGUUAGAUUGAGAGAACCGAAUAAGAAUGAUAUUGGCAUACGUAGUAAGUGUGUGUGUGUGUGCGCGAGCGUGAAAGAGGUAUGUGUAUUCGAAGGGAGUGGGUGGAGUGUGUGUGUGGUUGGUGUUAUCAGCAUGACAAUCUCAGCAGAAAUUAUCAUUUGCGUGACGUCUGAAAAGGCUAUUAUCAGGAUUUUUUAUAAUAGCAUGUCACUUCCCUGCUGCCCCCUCCUUACAUUGAUUGCCCUGUCAUCGUUAUCUCUGCUUUUGAGGUUCUGUUACUCUUUAUCUGGUGGCAGUUAUAAAGAUAUUUCAGUAUACUCGGAUGCAAAUCGACCUGGUGCCGAAGUUGAAAAGGUGAUACUGAAGUGUUUUAAAAAAACAAAUGUAGGUAUACCACACACCAGUAGUCAAAACCUUGAGAAUAUGGAGAAUAAUAUAUAUAUUUUUUUUUACAAUCUUAUUUUGUCUUUCAAAUAUUAUUUUAUAUCUUUGAAGUGACUUUCGAUUUUAAUAGUGAAGCUCUAUUGAGCUAAUUAAGAUACAGAGUAGAUGUUCUUAUAUAUGCUAUGUCAGUAUUUCUUUUAGAUCCUGUUUGUGACUGGUGUGUGUGUGUGUGUGUGUGUGUGUGUGUGUGUGUGUGUGUGUGUGUGUGUGUGUGUGUGUGUGUGUGUUUGUGUGUAUGUGUGUGUGUGUUUGUAUGUGUAUGUGUAUGUGUAUGUGUAUGUGUAUGUGUAUGUGUAUGUGUAUGUGUGUGUGUGUGUGUGUGUGUGUGUUUGUGUGUAGUCUUCCUGCUCCUGUUGUAUUAUUGGAAAAGCAACCAAUCUCUCAUAUUACCAGUAUAAUAUAUACGGUAGCAGUAAUUGCCAUGAUUAUAAUUUAUGCUUGUGAAUUGUAACAAUUUUUUUGUGUGUUUUGUGCACGUAAUAUUUUAAGAAAUAGUGUCUUAUAAGCCUUGUGGUCUGGGCACCAAUUGGUGUAUGCCACUGAAAUAAACAAAAACAAAAAUCUAAAUAAUAUAACGUUAUAUAAAGUCCUUGACAGCAUCCUGCCACGCAGGUCACCAUGUCCUUCUUAUGCAUCCCUCUCUACAUCAGGGAUGGGCAACUCCAGUCAUCAGGGCCUGAUCGGUGUCACACUUUUGUCCCAGCCCCAGCUAACACACCUGACUCCAAUAAUCAACUAAUCAUGAUCUUCUGAUUUAGAAUGCAAUUAGUUUCAUCAGCUGUGUUUGCUAGGAAAAAGUGUAACACCACUCAGGCCCCCAAGGACUAGAGUUACCCAUCCCUGCUCUAUGUGAUUACUGUGGUCAUUAUCUCUGAUUACUUAUGUAUACAUGUAGUUAAAAAGGAGAUGUGACAGACUUUGAAGGCCAUUAGAUGGAACUUAGAUAUACCAUAAACCUUUUUUAGAAGUUUGAAAGGUGUUUUUGAUCUCCUUGUUAUAGGGAACAGAACCCUCAAGCAAACUUUUGAGAUUAAUGAAUGAAAUGUACACGGAGUGUACAAAACAUAAUAAUAAUAAUAAUAAUAAUAAUAAUAAUAAUAAUAAUAAUAAUGAUAUGCCAUUUAGCAGACGCUUUUAUCCAAAGCGACUUACAGUCAUGUGUGCAUACAUUUUGACGUAUGACAUAGACUGACCAGGUGAAUCCAGGUGAAAGCUAUGAUCCCUUAUUGAUGUCACUUGUUAAAUCCACUUUAAUCAGUGUAGAUGAAGGAGAGGAGACAGAUUAAAGAAGGAUUUUUAAGCCUUGAGACAAUUGAGACAUGUAUUGUGUAUGUGUGCCAUUCAGAGGGUGAAUGGGCAAGACAAAAUAUUUAAGUGCCUUUGAAUGGGGUAUGGUAGUAGGUGCCAGGCGCACCGGUUUGAGUGUGUCAAGAACUGCAACGCUGCUGGGUUUUUCACGCUCAACAGUUUCCCAUGUGUAUCAAGAAUUGUCCACCACCCAAAGGACAUCCAGCCAACUUGACACAAAUGUGGGAAGCAUUGGAGUCAACAUGGGCCAACAGUCCUGUAGAACACUUUCGACACCUUGUAGAGUCCAUGCCCCAUACGAAUUGAGGCUGUUCUGAGGGCAAAAGGCAGUGCAACUCAAUAUUAGGAAGGUGUUCCUGAUGUUUUGUAUACUCUGUGUAUACUGUAUUUAUAACAUAGCUACAAUAUUUGACAAUUAAGGGCAAUGAGCUAUCUGAUAAGUACAUCACUCACUUUUAAUUUUCUCUCUGCCUUAACUAUCUUGCGGUGCAUUUUGUGCCCUCUAGUGUAGGUAACACCAUCUCAUCACCCAUCUUAGGAAUACAUACUUUUCUGAAACAUUUGUUGCAAAUACUUUAUUUGGUUCUAAGUGUUUAAUAUUGCAAACUUGUCAUAGAUUCUGUUAGGAGAUCUAAGCCAUUGGCAGCACAGUCAGGUAUUUCAUCUUACACUGUGUUAGCCUCUCUCGAGUACGAGGGAUGUUUUGAACUUGGUGUCAGCCUAGCACUACGAGGAAACCCUGAGGAAAUGAUGAUUACACGUAGAAAUAUGAUAGCUCCACCAUUAAUAUUCAUGCUUUUUGAAGCCAUUUUCAUCUGCCUGUUUGUUUGUUUCCUGAUGUAAAAAAGAUGAAAAGACCUGCGGACCUCAUGAAUUCCGCUGUGAGAAUAACAACUGUAUCCCGGACCACUGGAGGUGUGACAGCCAGAACGACUGUGGAGACAACUCAGAUGAGCAGAACUGCAGUGAGUACGCCCAUCUCUGCUGCUCUCUACUCUCUUAGCUCACUUCUAGCUGUUUGGCAACUUAUAUAUACGUCGAUAGGCCUAUGCACUUGCACAGUUCAGUUAGUAUUUUGGAACUGUUUGAAGAUGAACUGACUCAGUUUUUUCUCCACUUGCUCUUUGGGUUUGUAUACUGUACCGUUCCUCUGUUAAACUUUGUAAAGAGUUCCCACAAUCAAAGUAAGGCAGGCAGCUCAAUGGAGCGCUGUUCUUAACUGUUUCUAACUCGGCUAUGCCCUCUGAGCAUGUUCCCCUCUCCAACUCCACUUUGGAUCUGAAAGAAAGUCAGAGCUCCAGAUUUUUCAGCUUUGAUGCCAUCUCUCCUCUCCUUCCCAGCCUCACUUUUUUGUUUAGAUAUUCAUAACCAACUACUGGAAUAAAGUUUGUUUACGUAUGAAAGGGCUUUGUUAACCCAGCUAGUCCAUAUAUCUGAUCUGUGUGUGCUUGCGUGCGUGCAUGCAUGUGUGCCUGUGUGCAUGCACACAAGCGUGUGUGUGUGUAUAUGCAUUUUAUGCUGAGUAUGUAUCGUUCAUUUGAUUUAUUAUGCGCUUAUUCCCCUUACCUAUUAAUGUCACUUACAAUGCAAAUAAAUCCCAGUCAAGUGUUGGAUGGUAAAGAAUUAAACAGGUGCACCAGCUAGGCUAGCAGACAGCAGAGAGAGAGAGAGAGACUGCAAAUCACAAUCUGCUGCAGACUGCAGGCUCUGCUGAGACCUUUUCUCUAACUGCAGCUCAUAACCACAACUACCUUCACUCCCUACAGUCAGUUAACAGUCCAUGAUAACCAGGGGGUGAGGGGAGGACCCCAGCACUGGAAUUUGAUGCUGCUUAAAUAUGGCAUAAUGUUGUCCUCAGAGACCUAGACAUACAGUGUACCUGAAUGUGGAGGUUGCCAGAUACUAGGGUUCAGGAGUAUACUGUCCUCCUAAACUGUUAUUGGCUAUGAAGGUAUUUACAUCUUGAGCCACUGGCAUCCCAACUAUCAUGUCCAACAAAUGUAUUUGACGAGCCAACAAAUGGUUUAUACAGUAGGCAUCCUGCCAGGGCCCAGUUUUUCCAAAAGUUAUCUAUCUGGAUUUCACCUAUCGGAUGGGAUUAAACACAUUAGAAUUAAAUGAACAGACUAAUCAUAGACUUGAAUGGGGACUCUCGUUCUAUUCAUUCUAUUUCUAUCCAUAUAAUCCAAUCCGAAAAGUGUGCAAAAUCCAGAUGAACUGUUGAAAAACUGGGCCCAGAUGAUUAGCAUGCAAUGCUUAAGAGAUAUCUCCUGUAAAAGGGACCUUACACAAAACCACAUGAUUUCACAUGUGGAAGAUCACAUGAUUUCAUGUAAAAUUUCACAUAUGAGUCAUGUGAAACAUGUGUUUUAGGAUAACUUCACAUGUGAUCACGUGAAAUGCAUGUGUUUUUUCCGUAAGGGGGCUCUAGGGGAUUCCCUUCUCUCAUGAAACCUCUUAUAAAGGCCCAUGUGUUUUCGUAGAGGUUGGUUGCUUUUCCAGGGCUAUUUCAAGUGUAAAUAGUAUAUAUAGCCUAGUCUAUAAAACACAUAGUAUAUAUAGUCUUUAAAUAGUCUAUAACAGACAUCACUUGUUAGGGAGGGAGUGCUAGGGCCUUGUAGAAAAUGAUGAAGAUCCACCCUUGGAUGGCAACGUUGUGUAACUAGUCUAAUUAAAGUUCUGUGGUGGAGCGUAUAUCGUGUUUGAGGGCCCGGCUCCUACCUCAUUUAUUUUUCAUGAGUAGUGAUGUCCUUGUCCUCUCCCUUGACUCAGAGCCAGUGACCUGUAACCACAAGGACUUUGCCUGUGCUAACGGGGACUGCGUCUCCGCUCGAUUCCGCUGCGAUGGAGACUAUGAUUGCCCUGAUAAUUCAGACGAGGUCAGUGAUCCUGGUCGUCAUUUAACCACAGCCUAUAUAUAGCAUGUUAUAGCCUGUAAACUGUGUGAGUCACAACCUCUUGAAUAAUCUGAUUUGAGUGAAUUGACCCUUAUUAAUCCUAACCUUAUGUUUCUAUCUUGCGUUUUCUUUCAUAAAUGUGAAUGUUUUAUUUUUCUCCUAAAAGGCAUGCAUAUUGAAUUGAAAAUAUGAUUUGAUGGCAUUAUGAUAUUCAAAUUGUAAAUUAUUCUGAAUUUUAUUGGAACGCAGAUGAUAAUAUUGUGGAUGACAAUGUCCUAAUAGAGAGACAUUUUAUGUUUGUACUGUUAUUCAAAUGUGUGAACAAUUAUGCAAACUGAUUCACUAACCCAAAAUACUACAUUAACUAGCCAGUUUUGUGGAAUGCGAUUUUUUUAAAAGCGUGAGCUAUUCAUGAAAUAUCAGUAGAAAUAUUCAGAACUCCAUUGUGUGAUGGCUAAGGAGAAAGUCAUGGAAUUACCUAUUUAUUAUGCCUUGUAAUUUAUUUAUCUGUUAAAUAACCCCACAGCAAAUACAUUUACAUUUACAUUUUAGUCAUUUAGCAGACGCUCUUAUCCAGAGCGACUUACAGUUAGUGAAUACAUUUUUAUUUUUUUUAUACUGGCCCCCCGUGGGAAUUGAACCCACAACCCUGGCGUUGCAAACGCCAUGCUCUAUCAACUGAGCUACAUCCCUGCCGGCCAUUCCCUCCCCUACCCUGGACGACGCUGGGCCAAUUGUGCGCCGCCCAUGAGUCUCCCAGUCGCGGCCGGCUGCGAAAGAGCCUGGAUUCGAACCAGGAUCUCUAGUGGCACAGUUAGCACUGCGAUGCAGUGCCUUAGACCACUGCGCCACUCAGGAGACUAAAUACAGCAUACAGUAUGAGUAAUCCCCUCCAAGUGCAACCUCUAUUUACACAUUAUUGUGUGUGGUCCCAAUGACGACAUUCUGGGUCAAACUGUAUAUGUAGUUCACUAAGUAGUAAAUAGUAGUCUGCUAUGCAUGGUUUCUCUUGUAAACAACUAGUUAUGUUGUCCACCCAAUUCUUACCUAAAACGGACUAAACAGGCAAUGAAGACUCAAUGGGUUUCAAUGCCUGGCAAUACCCUGCCAUCCUGCACAUAUAAAGUGUUAAAAUUGUCAUUGAAAGUGUUUUGUAUGGCUUAUGAAUGAGCUGUCAAGUCCUAAUGAAGGUACCUUUCAAAGAAAGUAUUACCAUAUGGUUCUACUGUAUAAGAAUUGGAACAUCUACCAUGUCAAGUAGAAGCCUAUUGUAAAUGUGAGCUUCUUGUCCUUUAUAUCUCUCUACAGAAGGACUGUGAGGCUCGGUGUGCUGAGGACCAGUUCCAGUGUCUCAAUAACCUCUGCAUCUCCCUCAAGUGGCUCUGUGACGGCCAAGAGGAUUGCAAGACAGGAGAGGACGAGAGGAACUGCCAGGGGACAGGUACAGUAUAUGAGAAAGACAUGGUCAAAAGGUCACUUUUCCCCAAAAUACCUUUUUAAUGUGAAAUUGAAGUAGUUGUUAAAAAGCUGAGAACCACAAGCUCCUGUGGUAACAUGGACUGUUGUAGUUCAUAUUAUUUGAUUGAAAAACAGGACAAAGUUAGAGUUUUUCUGGACUUUUUUAUGGGGAGUAGUGUAAGAUGAGGACAUGUUGGUGUGGAGGGGGAUGCUUUACCUCCUAUGAUAGUUAAAAGGUACUAGCAGUAGAAUUGCCAAUGCUACUUUCUGUGUGACUAAUUAAAUACUGUUCCAAUUCUGUAACCAAUUGAUGAAUAGCUACUGCAUAAGUACGCCAUCUGUUUUUACCCACAGUAAAGCCAUACAAACUUAAUGAACUGUAUAAUGGAUGAAAACAUUUGAAAAAUGAGGUGAGCGAGCAAAAAAAUUAUAAUACAAAAUAAAAAAUCUAAUAACGUUUGUCAAAAACAACCUUAGUACAACACCUAGCAACCUCGCCAAGGAAUUUUGGCAUUUUAGCGAAUAGCAGGGCAGGGAAAGAACCUGGGUUGCUGUAAUGAAAGGCAAACAUCCUACGGAUCGCGCCUAUAGGACUAUUCGGGUGUACCUGCACAAAAACUCUGAUAUUUAUCAUACUUUAGCUGGUUCUCCAUCUUCUUAAAAAAAAUGAAUGGUGAGCCAACAUGUGUUGUGCACUUUUACCUCCUAAACUCAUUUUUCUCAUGGCUUUCGCUUGUCCCUCUACAGCAGACGUAAAGUGAGCAAUAUGUUUGGAACAUCAAAUUGCAAUAAAAUCUCAAUAUGGAAUCGCUAUACAUAUAGGAUCGUGAUACAUAUACAAUCGCAACACAUAUAGUAUCGGCACUUAAGUAUCAUGAUAAUAUCGUGAGGUCGCUGGCUAUUCCCAGCCUUACUACUAAGCCCCUCCUCACGGCUGCCAUCCACUUCUGACACUAAUAUAGCAAAAGGAGGGGCAGAGAAGCGAACCCUGGUGGGCUGGCGUGAAAGGCAAACACCCUUACGCAUUGUGCCAAUGGGGUUAACCCACUUGGUGGUAAUUGUAACAUGACCCACGAAAAUGUAUUGUAUUCUACUGGAGUGCAGCUACUACAAUACAGUAGCUAGCCGGCGUAACCUCAUCCGUAACCCCCAGUGGUGAGUGGGUUUCAGCACUUCAUUCAGCAGUAGGCAGCACACAGCAUGCUCUAUCCUGAGGGAAGACAUCAUAUUUAGACCUAGGAUCUGUUUGGAAAGAAACAAAGGGUUGUAGCGUUUAUUUUUUCACAAGUUCAUAACAGUGUGCAGAACACAUACAAACCAGCCCCACACAUGCUGUGAAUGAUGGGUGUUAAAUUAUUAUGUUGUGGAGUGUGUGCACACAAUAAAGCUCUAUAUCUCUGAUCUGGGUGUUUCCAGUGCUCCCCUCUUGCUCCCUAAAUGAGUAUGUGUGUGCCAGUGGAGGCUGUGUCUCGGCCAGUCUGAGAUGUGAUGGACAGGACAACUGUCUAGACGGAUCAGAUGAGGUGGGUGUGGCUCUGCUUGGUACUUUAACCUCAUCCAUAUCAAUCAAUCUAUAAUCUAUAGCUUUUUUGCUUAUUUACAUAAUACGACAGAGAUAAGUAUUUGAAGAAAACAUUUAUAAUGAUUUUGUCCAGUACUGUAGCUGAACUUCCCACACGGUAUGAAGCAUUUAUGUAGGGAUUGUCCUAUUUGUAAGGAUGGUCCCUACAUAAUUUGGUGCCCCGUGUAAGGUGAAUUCCUAACAGUAUACAAAAGGAUGUGAGUGAAGUCACUCGUAUCAAACUUUAUCGCUGAGAAUGGCUUGACUGUGUUGGACAUUUAAUAGUGUAUAAUGCUGUUUACGUGUUUUGUGUUGCCAUGUCGACAGGCGGGCUGCGUGAAGGAGUGCAAGGAAAAUGAGUUCUUGUGUCUGAACCACGCCCACUGUAUCCCACGGCGAUGGUGCUGUGACGACGUGUUUGACUGUGUUGACCAUAGUGACGAGGAGAACUGCAGUCAAGGUACGACAGGGCUGGACAUACUCACUUCACAUGUCAACGUACUAGAAAACUGUAACUGCAGCCAGGGUAGGUCGGGUAUUAGAAAUGAAAACAGGACUAGUCAGAGCUCACUUGAAAUUUUGUUUAAGAGAGAUGGGGUGGAAACUGUCUCCUCUUAGGAAGUAGUUGGUUUUCUAUACAGGUCCGUUUUCAUUUUCUUUUCAAUAACAGGCAACAUGUCCUACUACAGUAGAGAUCUACCUUUCAGGUGACACACACAGUGUAUCCAGAGCGACUUGCAGGAGCAAUUAGGGUUAAGUGCCUUGCUCAAGGGCACAUCGACAGAUUUUUCACCUAGUCGGCUCGGGGAUUAGAACCAGCGACCUUUCGGUUACUGGCACUAUGCUCUUAACCACUAAGCUACCUGCCGCCCUACCUGUAAAAGAAAAUAAAAUUGAACAAAGAUGUUCCCUCUAAUUUUCUGGGGCACUAAGCAAUUUUGAGGUCUUGUGAGCGAAAACUUGAACAUUGAGAGAAUUUUCUGCAACUUCCAGCGCGUGUUUACAGUGAACACUGAGGCUGUACCCUUACAGUUUUAGACAGUAGCCAAUAGGCUAUUGUGGCUAUUUGAGCAUAAUGUAGGCCUACCAACAAAACCAAUGGAGCAAAUCCCAUAACAUUCACAUGGAAAUAGCUUUUGAUUUCUAUGAUGUAGCCUACAGUAGCCUAUAUGUGGUGUACAGUGCAGGCCUACAUUGCAUGAGACUUUUAAAAACAUGUUUUUUAUUAUGAAGAGCUUGACAUUAAUUACAGAUUUUAUACUUGGUCUGUAACACCAUGGGCCAAAUAGGUGACUGUAAAUUGCAUUGCAUUGUGUUAUAUAAUGCAAGAAAUCACUUUACAAAAUAAAUUUAAUUAUUAUUACCAUACAGAGAAUUAGACAAUGUAGGCUACCCCUUUGCCUAUUGGCUUAUUUGCAUAUUCGAGCCUGUCUCAAAAUACAACACUGCCCCUUUAAUUAAGACAUAAGCUUUUUACCUGACUGGCUUUUCAAAGAUAGCUUGAAAUGUAGCCUACACGUUGUGUGCUCUUGUAGGAAGCAGUAACUCCCCAUUGCUGACCUAUACUUAUCUAUAACUGGGCUAAUAACUCGCUGACUAGCAAAGAAUAUCAACACAUGUGCACACACACGGCUCUGCGCUCUGAUCUGAACUGAUCUGAAAAGCGCAUUCACUCACUGGUGAUUGAAAGACCACUAGUGGGCUACCCCCGCCAAUAGAAUUAUACUCCGUUGCGCUCUGGCUCUGCUACAACAAAAUCAUAGACUCAAUCUUGAUGAGGCUGAUAUAAUGUUAAUUCGAUCACAGAAAAAAAUUUGAUCUAUGUAGUGCAAACUAAUGGGGCGAACUGAGUGAAGUUCAAUCUCUUUCUUCUACGCCGCAGUCCUGGAGGAAGUGCGCGCACCACGCAGUUUAGAGGGAACAUUGAUUGCAACUAUGGAUAGUGUUGAGCAUGUUUACUGGAACACCGUAAUAGAGAUUACAUGCCUGCCAAUAUGGUACCCACAUUAUCUUUUCUUCCUUCACAGCUUCCUUCACAGUACCAUGCCAGCACAUAACAUAUGACUAGUAGCAUAGCAACCACCAUUCUAGCCAUGUGUUUUACUGUGAAAGGUGUACAAUACAAUAGUCAUAUUCUGGCCAAGCAAAGGUCACUUUGCUAACAAUAAUGUUCUUUCAUACAGACACUAUAGUGAUAGCACAAUGCUAUUGAAUAGAAGUUUAGAAGGAAAUGGAAAAACCUAGCUACAUUUUAAUGGUAGGUUUAUUUGAACAGUGAUAGACAGAAUAACAACAAAAAAAUCCAGAAAAAUGCAUGUCAAAAAUGUUAUUAAUUGAUUUGCAUUUUAAUGAGGGAAAUAAGUAUUUGACCCCUCUGCAAAACAUGACUUAGUACUUGGUGGCAAAACCCUUGUUGGCAAUCACAGAGGUCAGACGUUUCUUGUAGUUGGCCACCAGGUUUGCACACAUCUCAGGAGGGAUUUUGUUCCAGUCCUCUUUGCAGAUCUUCUCCAAGUCAUUAAGGUUUCGAGGCUGACGUUUGGCAACUCGAACCUUAAUAUAAUAAUAAUAAUAAUAAUAAUAUGCCAUUUAGCAGACACUUUUAUUCAAAGCGACUUACAGUCAUGCGUGCAUGCAUUUUUGUGUAUGGGUGGUCCCGGGGAUCGAACCCACUACCUCGGUGUUACAAGCACCGUGCUCUACCAGCUGAGCUACAGAGGACAUUCAGCUCCCUCCACAGAUUUUCUAUGGGAUUAAGGUCUGGAGACUGGCUAGGCCACUCCAGGACCUUAAUGUGCUUCUUCUUGAGCCACUCCUUUGUUGCCUUGGCCGUGUGUUUUGGGUCAUUGUCAUGCUGGAAUACCCAUCCACGACCCAUUUUCAAUGCCCUGGCUGAGGGAAGGAGGUUCUCACCCAAGAUUUGACGGUAAAUGGCCCCGUCCAUCGUCCCUUUGAUGCGGUGAAGAUGUCCUGUCCCCUUAGCAGAAAAACACCACCAAAGCAUAAUGUUUCCACCUCCAUGUUUGACGGUGGGGAUUGUGUUCUUGGGGUCAUAGGCAGCCUUCCUCCACCUCCAAACACGGUGAGUUGAGUUGAUGCCAAAGACCUCGAUUUUGGUCUCAUCUGACCACAACACUUUCACCCAGUUCUCUUCUGAAUCAUUCAGAUGUUCAUUGGCAAACUUCAGACGGCCCUGUAUAUGUGCUUUCUUGAGCAGGGGGGCCUUGCGGGCGCUCCAGGAUUUCAGUCCUUCACGGCGUAGUGUGUUACCAAUUGUUUUCUUGGUGACUAUGGUCCCAGCUGCCUUGAGAUCAUUGACAAGAUCCUCCCGUGUAGUUCUGGGCUGAUUCCUCACCGUUCUCAUGAUCAUUGCAACUCCACGAGGUGAGAUCUUGCAUGGAGCCCCAGGCCGAGGGAGAUUGACAGUUAUUUUGUGUUUCUUCCAUUUGCGAAUAAUCGCACCAACUGUUGUCACCUUCUCACCAAGCUGCUUGGCGAUGGUCUUGUAGCCCAUUCCAGCCUUGUGUAGGUCUACAAUCUUGUCCCUGACAUCCUUGGAGAGCUCUUUGGUCUUGGCCAUGGUGGAGAGAUUGGAAUCUGAUUGAUUGAUUGCUUCUGUGGACAGGUGUCUUUUAUACAGGUAACAAGCUGAGAUUAGGAGCACUCCCUUUAAGAGAGUGCUCCUAAUCUCAGCUCGUUACCUGUAUAAAAGACACCUGGGAGACAGAAAUCUUUCUGAUUGAAAGGGGGUCAAAUAUUUAUUUCCCUAAUUAAAAUGCAAAUCAAUUUAUAACAUUUUUGACAUGUGUUUUUCUGGAUUUUUUUGUUGUUAUUCUGUCUCACUGUUCAAAUAAACCAACCAUUAAAAUUAUAGACUAAUCAUUUCUUUGUCAGUGGGCAAACGUACAACAUCAGCAGGGGAUCAAAUACUUUUUUCCCUCACUGUAUAAGACAACCUUGUGAUAGAAAGCCCAUAGCACUACUGUUAACCUUCAGUUUGUAAUUGCAGGUGUCUUCUUCUGCCGUCCUGAUGAGUUCAUUUGCAACAACACCUUAUGCAAGCUCCAUUCGUGGGUGUGUGAUGGCAAGGACGACUGUGGAGACAACUCAGACGAGGACACAGAGAUGUGUGGUGGGUUGAAACGACAACGUCUCUGACUUAGAUAUUUUCUCAAAGGUUUUUGAUGGAUAUUUUAUUAGUUAUAACUUAAUCCAAGGUGAUAUUCGUGGUUGAAAUUGUGGAUUCUGUUGAAUUGACUAGAAUGGAAUUUGUUGAAUGGAAUAGAAUGGAAUCAAUUGAAUAGACUUGAAUGGACUAUGUUGAAUGAACUAAAAUGUAUUUGACUGUCUGGAAUACUUGUGUUAUUCUUCUCCCCUCCAGCCAAACUUUCCUGUCCCCCCACACGCCCACACCGAUGUAGAAAUGACCGUGUGUGUCUGCGCAAUGACCAACUGUGUAACAAGGUUGAUGACUGUGGGGAUAACUCAGACGAGGAGGAAUGUGGUGAGUUUACACCAGCUACAGUUCAAACAUUACAUUUUUCUUCAUCAAGAAUGUUGAACUAAGGAGAUUGUAUAUUCCAAUAAAACAUUAUUCCUAAUCGUAUCAGUGCGACAACAGCAAAAACGUUGUAUUAGUCAAGUUUCUUUGAUAUCCCUAGAAACUCAAAGCACCACAUAUUUUUAUUUUUAUUUUUUAUUUAACCUUUAUUUAACUAGGCAAGUCAGUUAAGAACAAAUUCUUAUUUACAAUGACAGCCUACCAAAAGGCAAAAGGCCUCCUGCGGGAACGGGGGCUGGGAUUAAAAAUAUAAAUAUAGGACAAAAUACACAUCAUGACAAGAGCGACACCACAACACUACAUAAAGAGAGACCUAAGACAACAAAACAGCAUGGCAGCAACACAUGACAACACAGCAUGGUAGCAACACAUGACAAUAACACAGUAGCAACACAAAACAUUGUACAAACAUUAUUGUGCACAGACAACAGCACAAAGGGCAAGAAGGUAGAGACAACAAUACAUCACAUCAUAUAAAGAUAUCUCAGAGUACCACUCAUCCUUUCAUGCAAAUGCCUUCUCUGUUGCCGAUGCGGCCUUUCUGUCUGACGUGUGUUUGGCUCCUGUGUGCGUCCCAAAGCAGAGGUGGUGUCUGGCAGACCCAGACGGUGUGGGAAGGCAGAGUUCACCUGCAGUACCCAGCGAUGCAUCCCAACCCAGCUGCAGUGUGACCUCUUCAAUGACUGUGGGGAUGGGGGAUCGGACGAGCAGGACUGCAAGGCCUGUACGUGUGUGUGUUUUGUGUGUGUCACACAGAUCAAUAUCCUGCUAGGCAGGAACUUGAUCCAUGAGAUAAUCUAGGGCUCUUCUGCUAGAUAUUUCUGCUAGAUCCAAAUGUUAGAUGAUGUCAGAACGUUUAUGGGAAUACAUUACCCAUAUUUGCGGUGUGUUUUUUUGUCUGUUGAAAGUUGAUGUUCACCUGGCUUCCACACAUCAAUGGAGCAACUGUUUGCAAGUAUAUUCGAUAUAUAGGAAUGUGUUUUCAUGUGCAAUCAAAUUGUUGUCUUCGAUUGUAGCUUCCAAUGGAGACAUAUGUGGAAAGAAAACAAACCCAUGUGGGGAGGAUGCAAUUUGCAAUCAGACAAACACAAAUGCAAUAUGUCAGUGCAAAUCUGGCUUCAGGAGGAAUCUAAAGACUGCCCAGUGUGAAGGUACUGUAUGGCCUGUUUUUCCCCUCACUAUUUAAUUAGACAGAAUAACGAUAAUGUAAUAAUAAAUGGCAUUCUUUAACAUAUUUAACAUUUAACAUUUAACUAAUGUGGUUAAAUAUGUACAUCAUGUAGCCGUGUUUAAUGAAAAAUAUACAUAACAUAUCGCUUUCAAGUCUUUCCUUACAGACACCCAGAUUCCUUCAAUAUCUUUCUCUCCGAGUACAUGUUUAUAGUAUCUUAGUAGCUUUCACUUACAGAUAAUUUAGUAAGCCAUCCAGUUUCAAUGAGCUUAAGUAAUUACGGAUUGAGUAGCCAAGUAUUGCAUAAUUUAGUUGGAGAUUACGAUAUCUGCGAUUAUAAAUUGAACUCUGAACCGGCUUUUGCCUUCUAGUUAUUGCUUUUGUGCUCAGUGGUUAUUGAUUAUUCUAUUCAGGGGGUAACUAAGUACUUAAGUUGUAAUUUCCACUUUCGUAAUGGGUCAAGACUCUGCUUUCUGAAAGAUAACCAAGGACCAUUUAAACCCACACUUCCUAUGCACGCUGUCAUCACAUCAGUGGACUGUUACUCUGAAUAUGACUCAGUAACUGGGAUCAGUUGCUUAGUAAAGCUGGUAUAUGAACAUGCUUCAACAUGUGAAACUGAACCAGUGUUAACAGCAAUAGUUUUUUUUAGCAGGUUGGCAUUUAUUGGGAUGACUCAUUUAUUGGGAGGCAGCUGGCACAGCCACAAAGUCAUAAAAUCUGAUUUUAAACCUAAGCCUAAACUUAACCAUAAACUUUACCACACUGCUAACCUUAUGCCUAACCCUAACCUUAAAUUAAGACCAAAAAGCUAAUUUGUCUUUUCAUAAAUGUAUAUGAUAUAUACCCAAUUUUGACUUUGCAACUGUCCAAUCUAGUGGAAAUCACACUUUUUUAUAUAUUUUAUUUUAAUUACAGUAUAUAAUAGAUAUCCUCACAUCCUAUAGGUUAGGGCAAUAUCAACAUAAACUGAAAUGCUUGUUCACAUUUCUGAUUUGAGAGGAAUGGCAGCUUAACUGUUUCCAUGCGCAGUACAGUAACUGACUGAACAUGUUUUUCCUUUUCUCCUCAGAAAUCAAUGAGUGUCUUGAGUUUGACACAUGUGCUCACUAUUGUACAAACACUAAAGGAUCAUACAAGUGUACUUGUGACAGGAAUUUCAAGGAAAUAAAUGGAAACUGUGUAGUAAAAGGUAUGGACCAUUUUAUUACUGUACUGUAUGUUCUAACUGAAUUACAUUGAACUAUCAUAGAUCUUGCUGUGCUAUAUAUUGAUCUAGGAUUUUUUACUGUUGUAGUUUCAAUAGAUAUACAGUAUGUUGUUUUUUGCUAAAAUUGAUUAAAACAUUAUACAGUUAGUAUAGUAUGUAUUUCUAUAAACUGCACAAUUUUCUUGAAUAUUAGUUUUAUUCAAUAGAUGAAACUGUACUCAUAGACUGUACUUUAUCCUUACCACUCUUCAUUGUAAAGAUACUGUCAUAGUCAUCAGAUAACCUUUACAUUAAGACAACAGGAUUGUAUAAGUAAUACUGAAUGUAUACAAGACCAGCCAUUUAACCAUUUAGAUAGUAUAAAAACUUAGCUGUUUUUGAUGUGACCAAUAAGGAUUAUAUUAAUAAUGAAUUAAUAAUGACUGCCAAUAUUCACUAACAUCUAUUCCACAUCUCUAAAGUGUUAAUGUUACGGGUGUAUACACCACUGUGAUAAACUGCGCUGUGAUACAGUGCCUUCAGAAACUAUAACAUAUACAACAUUUUGUUGUGUUACAGCUUUAUUUUUUUCACCCAUCUUCACAUAAUGACAGUGAAACAUGUUUUUAGACAUUUUUGCAAAUGUAUUGAAAAGCAAACAUAGAAAUAUCUAAUUUACAUAAAUAUUCACACCCCUGAGUCAAUACUUUGUAGAAGCACAUUUGGCGGCGAUUACAGCUUUGAGUCGUCUUUGGUAUGUCUGUAUCAGCUUUGCACAUCUGGAUUUGGGGAUUUUCUCCCAUUCUUCCUUGCAGAUUUUCUCAAGCCCUGUAAAGUUUCCACAUAUUUUCAGUGGGAUUCAAGUCUGGGCUUUUGUGAGGCCUCUCAAGGACUUUCACAUUCUGGUUCUGAAGCCAUUCCAGCGUUGCUUUGUCUGUAUGCUUGGGGUUAUUGUUUUGUUGGAAUGUAAAUCUUCGCCCCAGUCUGAGGUCGUUAGCACUCUGAAGCGGGUUCUCAUCAAGGAUUUGCCUGUAUUUGGCUCCAUUAAUUGUUUCCUCUAUCCUUACCUGUCUCCCAGGCCCUGCCACUGAAAAGCAUCCUCAUAGCACAACGCUGCCACCACCGUGCUUCACGGUAGGGAUGGUGUUAGACGGAUGAUGAGCUGUCCCUGGUUUUCUCCAGACAUAGCGCUUUGCAUUCAGGCCAAAGAGUAACAUUUUUGUCUCAUCAGACCACAGAAUCUUUUGCCUUAUGCUCUCUGAGUUUUUCACGUGCCUUUUUGCAAACUCUAGACAUGCUGUCAUGUGCCUUUUUCUCAGGAGUGGCUUCCGUCUGGCCACUCUCCCAUAAAGCCCAGAUUGGUGAAGUGCUGUAGAGACUGUUGUCCUUCUGGCAGGUUCUCCCAUCUUAGCCAAGGAACUCUGUAGUUCUGUCAGAGUGGUCAUUGGGUUCUUAGUCACUUCCCUGACCAAGGUCCUUCUUGCCCGGUUGCUCAGUUUGGUCGGACGGCCAGCUCUAGGCAAAGUCUGGGUAGUUCCAUAUUUUUUUCAAUUUCCCAAUGAUGGAGACCACUGUGCUCUUGGAAACUUUCAACACUCUAGAAAUUGUUUUAUACCCUUCCCGAGAUACAGUGGGGAGAACAAGUAUUUGAUACACUGCCGAUUUUGCAGGUUUUCCUACUUACAAAGCAUGAUGUAGAGGUCUGUAAUUCUUAUCAUAGGGACACUUAAACUGUGAGAGACGGAAUCUGAAACAAAAAUCCAGAAAAUCACAUUGUAUGACUUUUAAGUAAUUAAUUUGCAUUUUAUUGCAUGACAUAAGUAUUUAAUCACCUACCAACCAGUAAGAAUUCCGGCUCUCACAGACCUGUUAGUUUUGCUUUAAGACGCCCUCCUGUUCUCCACUCAUUACCUGUAUUAACUGCACCUGUUUGAACUCGUUACCUGUAUAAAAGACACCUGUCCACACACUCAAUCAAACAGACUCCAACCUCUCCACAAUGGCCAAGACCAGAGAGCUGUGUAAGGACAUCAGGGAUAAAAUUGUAGACCUGCACAAGGCUGGGAUGGUCUACAGGACAAUAGGCAAGCAGCUUGGUGAGAAGGCAACAACUGUUGGCGCAAUUAUUAGAAAAUGGAAGAAGUUCAAGAUGACGGUCAAUCACCCUCGGUCUGGGGCUCCAUGCAAGAUCUCACCUCGUGGGGCAUCAAUGAGGAAGGUGAGGGAUCAGCCCACAACUACACGGCAGGACCUGGUCAAUGACCUGAAGAGAGCUGGGACCACAGUCUCAAAGAAAACCAUUAGUAACACACUACGCCGUCAUGGAUUAAAAUCCUGCAGCGCACGCAAGGUCCCCCUGCUCAAUCCAGCGCAUGUCCAGGCCCGUCUGAAAUUUGCCAAUGACCAUCUGGAUGAUCCAGAGGAGGAAUGGGUGAAGGUCAUGUGGUCUGAUGAGACAAAAAUAGAGCUUUUUGGUCUAAACUCUACUCGCCGUGUUUGGAGGAAGAAGAAGGAUGAGUACAACCCCAAGAACACCAUCCCAACCGUGAAGCAUGGAGGUGGAAACAUCAUUCUUUGGGGAUGCUUUUCUGCAAAGGGGACAGGAUUACUGCAGCGUAUUGAGGGGAGGAUGGAUGUAUCGCGAGAUCUUGGCCAACAACCUCCUUCCCUCAGUAAGAGCAUUGAAGAUGGGUCGUGGCUGGGUCUUCCAGCAUGACAACGACCCAAAACACACAGCCAGGGCAACUAAGGAGUGGCUCCGUAAGAAGCAUCUCAAGGUCCUGGAGUGGCCUAGCCAGUCUCCAGACCUGAACCCAAUAGAACAUCUUUGGAGGGAGCUGAAAGUCCGUAUUGCCCAGCAACAGCCCCGAAACCUGAAGGAUCUGGAGAAGGUCUGUAUGGAGGAGUGGGCCAAAAUCCCUGCAGCAGUGUGUGCAAACCUGGUCAAGACCUACAGGAAACGUAUGAUCUCUGUAAUUGCAAACAAAGGUUUCUGUACCAAAUAUGAAGUGCUGCUCUUCUGAUGUAUCAAAUACUUAUGUCAUGCAAUAAAAUUCUAAUUAGUUACUUAAAAAUCAUACAAUGUGAUUUUCUGGAAAAAAUUAGAUUCCGUCUCUCACAGUUGAAGUGUACCUAUGAUAAAAAUUACAGACCUCUACAUGCUUUGUAAGUAGGAAUACCUGCAAAAUCGGCAGUGUAUCAAAUACUUGUUCUCCCCACUGUAUAUGCCUCAUCACAAUUCUAUCUCGGAGAUCUAGUUUCUGCUCUGACAUGCACUGGUGUGUUUCUUUCUAAAUCAUGUCCAAACAAUUGAAUUGGCCACAGGUGGACAUCAAUCAAGUUGUAGUGACAUCUCAAGGAUGAUCAAAGGAAAUUGGAUGCACCUGAGCGCAAUUUGGAGUGUCAUAGCAAAGGGGUGUGAAUACUUACAGUACCAGUCAAAAGUUUGGACACACCUACUCAUUCAAGGGUUUUUCUUUAUUUUUACUAUUUUCUACAUUGUAGAAAAUAGUGAAGACAUCAAAACUAUGAAAUAACACAUAUGGAAUCAUGUAGUAACCAAAAAAGUGUCAAACAAAUCAAAAUAUAUUUUAAAUUUUAGAUUCUUCAAAGUAGCCACCUUUUGCUUUGAUGAAAGCUUUGCACACUCUUCUCUCAACCAGCUUAAUGAGGUAGUCACCUGGAAUGCUUUUCCAACAGUCUUGAAGGAGUUCCCACAUAUGCUGAGCACUUGUUGGCUGCUUUUCCUUCACUCUGCCGUCCAACUAUUCCCAAACCAUCUCAAUUGGGUUGAAGUUGGGUGAUUGUGGAGACCAGGUCAUCUGACGCAGCACUCAAUCACUCUCCUUCUUGGUCAAAUAGCCGUUACACAGCCUGGAGGUGUGUUUUGGGUCAUUGUCCUGUUGAAAAACAAAUGAUAGUCCCACUAAGCGCAAACCAGAUGGGAUGGCAUAUCGCUGCAGAAUGCUGUGGUAGCAAUGCUGGUUAAGUGUGCCUUGAAUUCUAAAUAAAUCACAGAGUUUCACCAGCAAAGCAACGCCACACCAUCACACCUCCUCCUCCAUGCUUCACGGUGGGAACCACACAUGCAUAGAUCAUCCGUUUACCUACUCUGCGUCUCACAAAGACACAGUGGUUGGAACCAGAAAUCUCAAAUUUGGACUCAUCAGACCAAAAUACAGAUUUCUACUGGUCUAAUGUCCAUUGCUCGUGUUUCUUGGCCAAGCAAGUCUUUUCUUAUUAUUGGUGUCUUUAUAGUGGUUUCUUUGCAUCAAAUCGACCAUGAAGGCCUGAUUCACGUGGCCUCCUCUGAACAGUUGAUCUUGAGAUGUGUCUGUUACUUGAACUGUGAAGCAUUUAUUUGGGCUGCAAUCUGAGGUGCAGUUAAUUGCCAAUUUCUGAGGCUGGUAACUCUAAUGAACUUAUCCUCUGCAGCAGAGGUAACUCUGGGUCUUCCUUUCCUGUGGCGGUCCUCAUGAGAGCCAGUUUUAUGGUUUUUGCAACUGCACUUGAAGAAACUUUCAAAGUUCUUGACAUUUUCCGUAUUGACUGACCUUCAUGUCUUAAAGUAAUGAUGGACUGUAAUUUCUCUUUGCUUAUUUGAGCUGUUCAUGCCAUAAUAUGGACUUGGUCUUUUACCAAAUAGGGCUACCUUCUGUAUACCAACCCUACCUUGUCACAACACAACUGAUUGUCUCAAACGCAUUAAUAAGGAAAUACAUUCCACAAAUUAACUUUUAACAAGGCACAGCUGUUAAUUGAAAUAUAUUCUAGGUGACUACCUCAUGAAGCUGGUUGAGAGAAUACCAAGAGUGUGCAAAGCUUUCAUCAAGGCAAAGGGUGGCUACUUUGUAUGUAAAUUUUCUUAUUUCAUUUUCAAUAAAUUAGCUAACCUUUCUAAACAUGUUUUCACAUUGUCAUUAUGGGUUAUUGUGUGUAGAUGGGUGAGAGAAAAAUAUAUUUAAUCCAUUUUGAUUUCAGGCUGUAACACAACAAAAUGUGGAAUAAGUCAAGGGGUAUGAAUAGUUUCUGAAGGCACUUUUGCAAUUUUAAUGACAUAUCCCCUCUAUCCCCACUAUUCCUACUGAUUGGCACCAUGGGUAGUAGUAGUAAUAAAUGACUGGUCUUGUUGCUAAGUGAUUAUGUAUUAUUAUCCUGAUCAACAAGGAAAAUGUGAUAUAUGGGGGCAGUUUGUUGGACACAGAUUAAUCCUAUUCCUGGAAUAAAAAGAAAACUCAAAGGAGAAUCUCCAUCAAAAAUGCUUUUUAGUCCAGGACUAGACUUAAUGUGUCCAGACAACUGCCCAAUAAUGUUUAUAUAUGACUAGAUUGCCAUAUAUUAAACUAUUUUGCUUCUGUAAAUGAAAUGAUGCUGUCAAACUGUUGUUUAAAACCCCAAAUGGAAUUGAGCCACUUUUCAUUUUUUUUGCAUAUUAAUAACUCAACAACGGGCAGGACCAGAAGAUCGGGUGCUCUACAUAGCUAAUGACACUGAAAUCCGAAGUUUUGUGUAUCCGUUUAACCAGAGCCAUGGACACAAACUCCUCACUCGCAUUGAGGACAAUGCCCGCAUUAUUGGGAUGGAUGCUCUGUUACACCAACAAAAGUUUAUCUGGGCUACCCAGUUUAACCCUGGUGGACUUUUUUACAAAGAAAUCCUAGACAAGAGUCAAACUGAAACUAAUGCCGGAAACAUAGUAAGUAUCUCCAAAGGUGUGGUUAGGGUGGUUGGAAAGUCUACUUUACUUUUUAAUGUAUGAUAGAGUUGUCCAUUCAAUGUCCGGUUACUAAUAUCCACAGGAUAGCUGCAGUAUUGUUUAAGUAACACUAUUACAAGAAAUGCAUGUUUUUUCUUUCUUUUCUAAAGCCAUUGAAGCUACAGUAUGUCUUGGUUAUUGCAUUUGAGCACAAUUAAUUAUAGAAUGAUUAUAGCCGCGAGAGCUUGAAUAUAGCAGUGAGUGCUUGAAGAUAAAAUGUCUCAAAUAGUCACAUAUCUAAUGUGAGCAAGAGUACAGAACAUGAGCAAGGUGCCAAGCUUUUUCCAGUUUUUGUUUGAAUUAAAGGAGAAUAAUGACACAUUUAGAAAAAUUGUCUAUGUUCCUAAACCCCUCUGACUCAUUGUUGGACUGUCUGUCAAAGUGUGCACCUCUCUCACUCAGGGAGAGCGAGGUAGAGCUAGAGCGAGAGCUACGUCACAGGGUUAUACAGCCCCCCACGCACUGCAGCGCUAGAUAGAUCUUUUUGGAAAAACGCAAAAAUAUAAACGUUCUAUCACAGCGAAAAUACUAAAUUUGGGAAAUCUAAUCGAUUGUGAGAUAUGGCAUAUACAUUUUGUGUGAUAAAUUUGGGUCGCGGGUUCACAAGAUCUCGGCCAAGCAAGGAGGGAACAGCAGCCAGCUCAAUGAAAAACACACACACGAGGGGGCUCCUCAUAACCACAACACACUGGCAGUUAUCAAAAUAGCCUACAUCAGACGUUAGCCCAUCACCCAACGCGACACGUUUUUACUAUGUUGUCAGAAGCAUCAUCUGACCUCACUAGGAGCCUAUUUCAUUUAUCUCUUUCAAUGCUCUGGAAACCAAGCAGAAAAUGCUGUGCUCUAAGCCUCCCGAUUGGUGCAGUGGUCUAAGGCACUGCAUCGCAGUGCUUGAGGCGUCACUACAGAACCGGGUUCAACCGGCUGUGGCCGAGAGUCCCAUAGGGCGGCGCACAACUGGCCCAGCGUUGUCCGGGUUAGGGGAGGGUUUGGCCCGGGGGGCUUUACGUAUGGAGGAUGUAUGACUCGACCUUCGCCUCCCCGAGCCUGUUGGAUCGUAAUUGGAUCGCAAUUGGAUAUCACGAAAUUGGGGAGAAAAGGGGGAGAAAAAAAUUAUACAAAAUGCUGUGCUCUAAAGUUGGCAUCGUAGCCACACAAAUACAUUAGAAGAUAAUUGUCGAUCUGAUCAGAAACACUGUGCUCACAACCUUUGUCUCCUAAAUGAUGUCGCUGGUGUAUUUUGUUAGAAGUCUUAAAUAUAUUCCGCAAUAGGCUAUAAAGUUUUUCCCAGGUGCGAGCGUGGAACAACACACAUAACGAGCUCGAUGAAUAGAAUUAGAUAAGAAAAUAUCCGGCUACCUUUCUGUCAUGUCAACCAUCCAUCCAAAUCAAACAAUUCCAUGUGUCCGCCUUUUGUCUUGAUUAACAUUCACAUAGCCUAUUCCAUGAUACAGUGAGGGAAAAAAGUAUUUGAUCCCCUGCUGAUUUUGUACGUUUGCCCACUGAAAAAGAAAUGAUCAGUCUAUAAUUUUAAUAGUAGGUUUAUUUGAACAGUGAGAGACAGAAUAACAACAACAAAAUCCAGAAAAAUGCAUGUAAAAAAUGUUAUAAAUUUAUUUGAAUUUUAAUGAGGGAAAUAAGUAUUUGACCCCUCUGCAAAACAUGACCUAGUACUUGGUGGCAAAACCGUUGUUGGCAAUCACAGAGGUCAAACGUUUCUUGUAGUUGACCACCAGGUUUGCACACAUCUCAGGAGGGAUUUUGUCCCACUCCUCUUUGCAGAUCUUCUCCAAGUCAUUAAGGUUUCGAGGCUGACGUUUGGCAACUCGAACCUUCAGCUCCCUCCACAGAUUUUCUAUGGGAUUAAGGUCUGGAGACUGGCUAGGCCACUCCAGGACCUUAAUGUGCUUCUUCUUGAGCCACUCCUUUGUUGCCUUGGCCGUGUGUUUUGGGUCAUUGUAAUGCUGGAAUAGCCAUCCACAACUUAUUUUCAAUGCCCUGGCUGAGGGAAGGAGGUUGUCACCCAAGAUUUGACGGUACAUGGCCCCGUCCAUCGUCCCUUUGAUGCGGUGAAGUUGUCCUGUCCCCUUAGCAGAAAAACACCCCCAAAGUAUAAUGUUUCCACCUCCAUGUUUGACGGUGGGGAUGGUGUUCUUGGGGUCAUAGGCAGCAUUCCUCCUCCUCCAAACAUGGCGAGUUGAGUUGAUGCCAAAGAGCUCCAUUUUGGUCUCAUCUGACCACAACACUUUCACCCAGUUCUCCUCUGAAUCAUUCAGAUGUUCAUUGGCAAACUUCAGACGGGCAUGUAUAUGUGCUUUCUUGAGCAGGGGGACCUGGCGGGCGCUGCAGGAUUUCAGUCCUUCACGGCAUAGUGUGUUACCAAUUGUUUUCUUGGUGACUAUGGUCCCAGCUGCCUUGAGAUCAUUGACAAGAUCCUCCCGUGUAGUUCUGAGCUGAUUCCUCACUGUUCUCAUGAUCAUUGCAACUCCACGAGGUGAGAUCUUGCAUGGAGCCCCAGGCCGAGGGAGAUUGACAGUUAUUUUGUGUUUCUUCCAUUUGCGAAUAAUCGCACCAACUGUUGUCACCUUCUCACCAAGUUGCUUGGCAAUGGUCUUGUAGCCCAUUCCAUUGUGUAGGUCUACAAUCUUGUCCCUGACAUCCUUGGAGAGCUCUUUGGUCUUGGCCAUGGUGGAGAGUUUGGAUUCUGAUUGAUUGAUUGCUUCUGUGGACAGGUGUAUUUUAUACAGGUAACAAACUGAGAUUAGGAGCACUCCCUUUUAGAGUGUGCUCCUAAUCUCAGCUCGUUACCUGUAUAAGAGACACCUGGGAGACAGAAAUAUUUCUGAUUGAGAGGGGUUCAAAUACUUAAUUCCCUCAUUAAAAUGCAAAUCAAUUUAUAACAUUUUUGCCAUGCAUUUUUCUGGAUUUUUUUGUUGUUAUUCUGUCUCUCACUGUUCAAAUAUACCUACCAUUAAAAUUAUAGACUGAUCAUUUCUUUGUCAGUGGGCAAACGUACAAAAUCAGCAGGGGAUCAAAUACUUUUUUCCCUCACUGUAUGGGGUAAUCCAAUGAUCAACACUGCAGCUGUUGAUUGCAGUGAUCAGCAUUCCUCACGUAUGCUAUAUAAAUUAUAAUCAAUACACGACUUUCACGAGUAGGGUAUUUGAUGCAAGGGUAUUUGAUGCAAACAUAGGCUAUAAGAAUACUUUUCAAUAAUGCCUAAAUUAUCACAUUCUCUUGCUCGCUCGAGUUAGGCAAUUUGGCCCGGGCUUGCAAAUGAAAUCCCAUGCAUCAUUUUGUAAAUUAUUGUCAUUAUUCUACCGAUUGGAAAAUGUAAAUGUAGGCUAAUAAUAAAUGUAAAAAUAUUUGAUCUACCCCAAUGACAACUUGGACAGUGAGCAUAGAUCGUUUUUCGAUAGAUGCAUGCAUCAGUACCUAGGCUAUCUAUUAUAUCUGCAACAUACAUUUUAUUUACAAUAUGUUCGCUGUCAGCUGGCUACUGUAGGAAAAUUACAAUCUAAUGAAACAUUUGUUACAUAAAUGAGCCUUUUAGCCCAUAUGUGUCAUCCUAUGAAGUGGAUGUUAUGUUGCAUGCUCAGUAGUCUUUCCCUCUAAUUUUAGUAGAUAUAUUUUGGGGUGUAGCCUACUGUCAGAGGGAAGAUGGACAAUAUUGAUUGGCAGGUGAAAUGUAAAAGUGGGAGGAAGAGAUCUCAGAAAAUGUCAAAUUGUGAACCCGUGACCCCAAAUGUAUCACAUAAAAUGUAUAUGCCAUAUCUCACAAUCGAUUUGACUUCACAAAUGUUGUAUUUUUGGUGUGACAGAACAUUUAUAUUUUUGUAGAUUAGAGUUUAUUACACAAAGAUCUAUCUAGCACUGCAGUGCGUGGGGGGGCUGUAUAACCCUGUGCCGUAGCUCUCGCUCUAGCUCUACCUCGCUCUCCCUGAGUGAGAGAUGUCCUUGCUUUGACAGACAGUCCAACAACAAGUCAGAGGGGUUUAGGAACAUGGACACGUUUUAGAAAUGUGCCAUUAUUCCCCAUUAAUUCAAUGCAUUUCUUGGACGAUUCAUUUUUCUCAUUUGUAGAUAUGCCUACUGACAAAGUCGAAGAAAGCCAUUGCAUUGUUUUAUGAUUAAUCUUUCAAUGUCAUUUGGAGAUACUCUUAUUCAAAGACCAUGAUUUACAUUAAUCUAAAGUUUGAGCCAUUGUUGUUACAUUGGAAACAUUACUGUAUAUAAUAACCUGAUCACACGCAUGACAUCUUACACAUUAAACAUAGGCUACUAAACCUUUACUAGCACCAAGUAUUUCAUUAGACAUACCUUUAUCAUGUUUGAUAUGGGAAAGAAUAGUGAGUGCAUCUAAAUAAGCCAAUGGAUAAGAAUAUUCUUCACAUCUGAAUGUUGAAAGUUUCAAGUUUAUUUGCCAUAUUUAAUACAAAUACCUUGAAAGUCUUUGUCAUGUUCACGCUUUCAUGUUUACAAGCUCUGAUUUUCCUUGAAGUGUUCAGACUUCCGUAGACCGAGGGAUGUGUCAGCUGACUGGAUUACAGGAAAUAUCUAUUGGACAGACCAUUCUCGGAUGCACUGGUUCAGCUAUUACACAGCUCACUGGACUAAGCUCAGAUACUCUAUAAACGUGGGCCAGCUCAGAGGGCCAAAUUGCACCCGUCUGAUAACUGACAUUGCAGGAGAGCCGUAUGCCAUCACUGUCAACCCAGCCCGAGGGUAAGAGCAUCCUUUUCAUACAAUGUUAAAUUUAAUCAUUAUGUUGUCACUUUAUACCUUUUUGCUUCGUCGUUCUUUUGUAACUGCUGCAUCCAAGAUGGUUUCCAAGAUGUGUUUUCUUUACUGAUUUGUUAAGUCAUAACUAUAGACAGGGAUUCCAGGGAUUCUUUAAAUAUACAGUGGGGAGAACAAGUAUUUGAUACACUGUCGAUUUUGCAGGUUUUCCUACUUACAAAGCAUGUAGAGGUCUGUAAUUUUUAUCAUAGGUACACUUCAACUGUGAGAGACGGAAUCUAAAACAAAAAUCCAGAAAAUCACAUUGUAUGAUUUUUAAGUAUUGCAUGACAUAAGUAUUUGAUACAUCAGAAAAGCAGAACUUAAUAUUUGGUACAGAAACCUUUGUUUGCAAUUACAGUGAUCAUGCAUUUCCUGUAGGUCUUGACCAGGUUUGCACACACUGCAGCAGGGAUUUUGGCCCACUCCUCCAUACAGACCUUCUCCAGAUCCUUCAGGUUUCGGGGCUGUCGCUGGGCAAUACGGACUUUCAGCUCCCUCCAAAGAUUUUCUAUUGGGUUCAGGUCUGGAGACUGGCUAGGCCACUCCAGGACCUUGAGAUGCUUCUUACGGAGCCACUCCUUAGUUGCCCUGGCUGUGUGUUUUGGGUCGUUGUCAUGCUGGAAGACCCAGCCACGACCCAUCUUCAAUGCUCUUACUGAGGGAAGGAGGUUGUUGGCCAAGAUUUCGCGAUACAUGGCCCCAUCCAUCCUCCCCUCAAUACGGUGCAGUCGUCCUGUCCCCUUUGCAGAAAAGCAUCCCAAAAUAAUUAUGUUUCCACCUCCAUGCUUCACGGUUGGGAUGGUGUUCUUGGGGUUGUACUCAUCCUUCUUCUUCCUCCAAACACGGCGAGUGGAGUUUAGACCAAAAAGCUCUAUUUUUGUCUCAUCAGACCACAUGACCUUCUCCCAUUCCUCCUCUGGAUCAUCCAGAUGGCCAUUGGCAAACUUCAGACGGGCCUGGACAUGCGCUGGCUUGAUCAGGGGCACCUUGCGUGCACUGCAGGAUUUUAAUCCAUGACGGCGUAGUGUGUUACUAAUGGUUUUCUUUGAGACUGUGGUCCCAGCUCUAUUCAGGUCAUUGACCAGGUCCUGCCGUGUAGUUCUGGGCUGAUCCCUCACCUUCCUCAUGAUCAUUGAUGCCCCACGAGGUGAGAUCUUGCAUGGAGCCCCAGACCGAGGGUGAUUGACCGUCAUCUUGAACUUCUUCCAUUUUCUAAUAAUUGCGCCAACAGUUGUUGCCUUCUCACCAAGCUGCUUGCCUAUUGUCCUGUAGCCCAUCCCAGCCUUGUGCAGGUCUACAAUUUUAUCCCUGAUGUCCUUACACAGCUCUCUGGUCUUGGCCAUUGUGGAGAGGUUGGAGUCUGUUUGAUUGAGUGUGUGGACAGGUGUCUUUUAUACAGGUAACGAGUUCAAACAGGUGCAGUUAAUACAGGUAAUAAGUGGAGAACAGGAGGGCUUCUUAAAGAAAAACUAACAGGUCUGUGAGAGCCGGACUUCUUACUGGUUGGUAGGUGAUCAAAUACUUAUGUCAUGCAAUAAAAUGCAAAUUAAUUACUUAAAAAUCAUACAAUGUGAUUUUCUGGAUUUUUUUAUUACCUAUGAUAAAAAUUACAGACCUCUACAUGCUUUGUUAGUAGGAAAACCUGCAAAAUCGGCAGUGUAUCAAAUACUUGUUCUCCCCACUGUAGCAGGCAUUCCAGGGAUUCUUUGAAUAUAGCAGGGAUUCUAUAAGUAUAGACAGGGAUUCCUAUCUCUGUGCAUUUAAUCCCCUGAUAUCCAUUAAACCAGAUGCUAUGGAGACCCAACAGAAAAUGCUUGUCUUUGUACCUUCUACAGGAUGAUGUAUUGGACAGUAAUAGGUGAUCAUUCUCAUAUUGAGGAGUCGGCUAUGGAUGGGUCCAUGCGUAGGAUCUUUUUGGAGAAGAACCUCAGGAGACCAACAGGUAUCUACAGUACAGUGUCUCCUCAUGUCACAUUAGUAUGUUUGAUUUAGCUAACAUACUGUACCACAGGAGAAAACUUUUUGACAACUGAAUGAAGUGUGAAGACUGAAACAGUAGGGAAAUGUCAUUACACAUACACAUCAUAUUUAUCUGCCUGUAUUUUCCAAGUCCAUACAUAUAUUUUCAUUAAGAUGUGAUGUUGUAAACUAGCCUAGUUCCAGAUCUGUCUGUGCAGUCUUGUUAAUGGCAAUGACUGUAGGAGUUGGCAAGACAGCAAAUACCGAUCUGGGACCAGGCUAGUUGUAGACUAGAGGAUAAAGCUAUUUAAAAUAAGGCCAUGGAAAAAAGUAAAUUAAUGUCUCUGACACACCAAACCUGUUGUGAUGGUGCUGGGGGAGACACUUGGUGCUGAUCUAGUUUUUAAAGAUGGUUUGGCCUCCUUUAAUAUCAGGGACCCAUGAACUGUCUCGGUCAAGGUAGAGGGAAUUCAUAAUCUGUGGAAAAACGCACACCCAUUUAAUCACCAUGGCAUCUUGGGUUGUUUAUCCACCCCAACACAUGAUAGGAAUAAAAAGUCACUUAUGAACAGAAAUGUAGACUUAACACCAAAAGUCUGUCAUCAAAAGAAAAGACAAAUAUGCUUGUAUGUAUAUAUAUAUAUAUAUAUCCUGUAGUAUGAUUCCAUUUCAAAGUUAAUGACUUUCUCUCGGCUGCAUAGGAAGUGAGGUACCAAGAGGAGAUAAAUGAAAUAACUGUCAGUUUAUGCGGUCUAUCCGCAGUUUAUAUGGAACGUUGACAGCUGCAAUCCAUGCAAUUGUGUUCAAAUAUUUCAAAAACACUGUUUAGAAUUCUCUUUCUGAGGGCUCUCAGAAUGAAAGCGUCCAUAUUGAUCUUUACAAAAUUCAUAAGGAAAAUAAAUCUCAUUCUCUCAUCCUCCCCCAGGUCUGGCCAUCGAUUACUUCAACCAACGUUUGUACUGGGCUGAUCCUGAGCUCUCCGAGAUAGGCAGUGUGAGAUUGGAUGGGUCGGACCCUCUAGUGGCAAUCAGUGACAGACACGGUAACACUACCCCGAGAACAAAACAAAUAUUUACUUUCCAAGCACAUACUAGUUACUGAUGUGAUAGUCAUUUAAUUUCCUCUACAUUUUAUCAACAGAUUGCUACAAUAACAUAGAGUGUGUGCGUGAGUGUGCAGUCUUUGCCUUGGGAUCUUUUUCCAGUAACAGUGGCAAAGUUGCGGGGGGAGGGGGGAGGGGGGGGGGGGGCUAGUGGCUGUGGCCAAUGGCACAGUCUACCACCAAAAUGUUUAGAGGCCCUCUUGGCCGCAGAGACAGAAUUUUGUUCUUUUAAAGCUAAUUUCUUGCAAUUCUACACAUUUUGCCAUGGCUUAUGCCGUGUUUGUAUGCUAUCUGAGUGACUCAAACUUAACAAAAUCAAUAGGGGCCCCCAUGACAUGACAUUUAAAAAAAGAAAAAUAUUCUCCCUGACUGUCUAGUUUUUAUUUUGGUGGUUGUUUGUUCUCAAAGAUGAUCUUAUAAAAAAAUAUAUAUAUAGCUCCAUUAUCUUUUCUACAUACUUUAUAUUUGGUUUUAGUCGUUUAAGUUUACACUGAAAACCUUUUACCAUCCAGAAUAGGAUUUUUAUAUAUAUAUAUAUAUAUCAUUUUUAUUUUUUCACACAGUGUUUAUGGUCAUAUGCGUCUUUCCACCCUACCUUCAUUCUGUUUCCAUGGCUGUGUUUCCAGGAAUAUCCCAGCCAUACAGGAUUGACAUAUUUGAAGACUACAUCUACGGGACUGGGCUAAAACAUGAAGUCUUCCGAGUUCACAAGUAUGGCAAACAGCCUGUGGAGUUUCUCCACUUGGGUCUCGAGAAAACUACCAAUGUCAUGAUCUCCCACCGAUACGAGCAGCAAGAUGGUAAAUAUAUAAAGUCUACUGCUGUGUUUCAGUGGGUAUUUUUAUUAAUACCAAUGUUAAUGAGGGUCAUGGGUAAUACAGGGAAAUUAGGAGGGUCAUGUGCAUAGUGAAAGUUCUAUUUGAAUAGCCUUCAAGAUUAAAUGGAAGCAUAACAGGGGAAACUAACAUGAUAUUACAGUAACAAACAAUAGUAACGGCAAUGCACCAAUGUAGUGUUGAUAUUCUAGCUGGUUCACCAACACAGAGUGCAGAUAACUGUGGGUCCACAGCCUGAAUGGAAAUGGAGGAGCUCUGUUUCUUGAGCUAGUUUUUCAUUUUCUCAAGUGUGGGACAUGAGAGAGUCAUCUUAUCUCCCAUGUUAGGACCAAUCGAACCAAUAUAUCCCUCAUCCUCUGCCUCUCCACUUCUCUUUUUCCAGUAGCCCUCGGUUGCUAUUUGUUAUCUGAAUAGUGUUUAUGGUUGUGGAGCGUCGGACAAUAAAGGACAGCUGAACCGUUCCCCAAAGACUCAUUAGUUCAGCCAUGUAGCCUACUCUUCGGGCAGCAGAAGUUACUGCACAGCUAGCAGAACAGAAAGACCAGGAGUGUUACUGUUGGUUUGAUGUCUUCAGCAGAACACACAGACACCCUAUUAUUUCGCUAGCUUUGAACCACGAUGAUCCCCAUAACCCCAAACACAACAAAUCUGUGUAAUUGGAGAACUGUGUUUUUUUCAGUUAUUAUUGAAAACCCAACACUUCCAUUGACUUAUUGGAGCAAUAUGGCAGCAUGCUGCUGAUGUGGUGCAUAUCAAAGUAGUGUUCACUAACAGGGCAUAGUAGUCCUCUAGGACCAGGAAUUGAGUGGAAUAUGGACCAUAUCGCUUGUCGAUUCUGAAUAGAAAUACAUUGGUGGAUAGUAUGAGCUAAAUCAUAAAUUCCCUGUCUGUUUGCCUCAGAAUGUUAAUGUUUAAUGGAAGAACAAUAAUAAAGGAAUGGACGUUUUUUAUUUGACGGCUGUAUUGAAGCUUCGGCUUGAAUGAUAAAUCCUCUUGGCAUUUGCCUCUUGUCUUUCUGCAGCGGUCAACCCAUGCCUGAGAAUGAACUGUGACUUCAUGUGUCUACUGAACCCAACGGGCGCCACCUGCACCUGUCCAGAAGGGAAGGUACUGGUCAACGGCUGCUGCAGUGAUGUCAACAUCUCAGGUAAGCUCGUCAAGACCCCUGCUUAGACCUCACCUACUGCCUGCAAAUCAAAUCAAAUCAAAUUUUAUUGGCCACAUGCGCCGAAUACAACAGGUGCAGACAUUACAGUGAAAUGCUUACUUACAGCCCUUAACCAACAGUGCAUUUAUUUUUAAUAAAAAAGUAGAAUAAAACAACAAAAAAGUGUUGAGAAAAAAAGAGCAGAGGUAAAAUAAAAUAACAGUACGGAGGCUAUAUAUACAGGGGGGUACCGGUGCAGAGUCAAUGUGCGGGGGCACCGGCUAGUUGAAGUAAUAUGUACAUGUGGGUAGAGUUAAAGUGACUAUGCAUAAAUAAUUAACAGAGUAGCAGCAGUGUAAAAAGAUGGGGUGGGGGGGCAGUGCAAAUAGUCCGGGUAGCCAUGAUUAGCUAUUCAGGAGUCUUAUGGCUUGGGGGUAGAAGCUGUUGAGAAGUCUUUUGGACCUAGACUUGGCACUCAUGUACCGCUUGCCGUGCGGUAGUAGAGAGAACAGUCUAUGACUAGGGUGGCUGGAGUCUUUGACAAUUUUGAGGGUGUUCCUCUGACACCGCCUGGUAUAGAGGUCCUGGAUGGCAGGAAGCUUGGCCCCAGUGAUGUACUGGGCCGUACGCACUACCCUCUGUAGUGCCUUGCGGUCGGAGGCCAAGCAGUUGCCAUACCAGGCGGUGAUGCAACCAGUCAGGAUGCUCUCGAUGGUGCAGCUGGACCCAUGCCAAAUCUUUUCAGUCUCCUGAGGGGGAAUAGGCUUUGUCGUGCCCUCUUCACGACUGACUUGGUGUGUUUGGACCAUGAUAGUUCGUUGGUGAUGUAGACACCAAGGAACUUGAAGCUCUCAACCAGUUCCACUACAGCCCCGUCGAUGAGAAUGGGGGUGUACUCAGUCCUCUUUUUUUUCCUGUAGUCCACAAUCAUCUCCUUUGUCUUGGUCACGUUGAGGGAGAGGUUGUUAUCCUGGCACCACACGGCCAGGUGUCUGACCUCCUCCCUAUAGGCUGUCUCAUCGUUGUCGGUGAUCAGGCCUACCACUGUUGUGUCGUCGGCAAACUUAAUGAUGGUGUUGGAGUCGUGCCUGGCCAUGCUGUCAUGGGUGAACAGGGAGUACAGGAGGGGUUCUGAGCACGCACCCCUGAAGGGCCCCCGUGUUGAGGAUCAGUGUGGCAGAUGUGUUGUUACCUACCCUUACCACCUGGGGGCGGCCCGUCAGGAAGUCCAGGAUCCAGUUGCAGAGGGAGGUGUUUAGUCCCAGGAUCCUUAGCUUAGUGAUGAGCUUAGAGGGCACUAUGGUGUUGAAUGCUGAGCUGUAGUCAAUGAAUAGCAUUCUCACGUAGGUGUUCCUCUUGUCCAGGUGGGAAAGGGCAGUGUGGAGUGCAAUAGAGAUUGCAUCAUCUGUGGAUCUGUUGGGGCGGUAUGCAAAUUGGAGUGGGUCUAGGGUUUCUGGGAUAAUGGUGUUGAUGUGAGCCAUGACCAGCCUUUCAAAGCACUUCAUGGCUACAAAUGUCAGUGCUACGGGUCGGUAGUCAUUUAGGCAGGUUAUCUUAGAGUCCUUGGGCACGGGGACAAUGGUGGUCUGCUUGAAACAUGUUGGUAUUACAGACUCAGUCAGGGACAUGUUGAAAAUGUCAGUGAAGACACUUGCCAGUUGGUCAGCACAUGCUCGGAGUACACGUCCUGGUAAUCCGUCUGGCCCUGCGGCCUUGUGAAUGUUGACCUGCUUAAAAGUCUUACGUCACCUCUAAAACUGCUACAGGAGCAGGACCCAGCUGAGAAAGAACUUGGCCAAUGCAAAUUAAUGAAGUAAAAUCUUUCUGAAUCUCUCAGCAUUUUGUGUACUUCAAAAGAAGACUUGAAAUUGAAGGAGCAUGUUUUGAAAUGAUAGAAUAAGAUGACAUGCUUGUACAGUAUCAACCUCUUUCUACUGGCCCAGGGCUAAAUGAAUGUAUCUGUAGACACUGAUGAUAUUCAUAGUUUACAAAUAAAAGGUACUUCAAAAAGCUGUGUGUACAAGAUCAGCAUAACGAACAUACUGUCUUGAUGUGUUGAAGGCGAGCUGUGCCGGCCACCGUGUGAGAACGGCGGGCGCUGCCUGGCCAAUGAGAAAGGGGACUGGCGUUGCUACUGUUGGCCUGACUUUUCUGGAGAACGCUGUGAGGUCAACCACUGCACCGACUACUGCCUCAAUGGAGGCACCUGCAUGGGCUCACCCCUGGGUGAGUCUGCUGUUAAAAUCCAUAUAUUGAUUGGUGGAUGGCUGGAUUGAUUGAUUGAUCAUAAGGUGAUUGACAUAAGCUGUUAUGUGCCCAGGUGUCUUUACUAAUAAGUCGUUAGUUUAAGAACUCUCUAGGUUGUUGGGAGUGGUCAGUAGCUAAAGAUGUUUGUGCUAUAACAGUCUUAUAAAAUUGAUUGAUUGAAUUUGGUAGUACAAGCGUAUUAUACUUUGUUUACACAGGCAGCCCAAUUCUGAUCUUCUUUUGACCAAUCAGGUCAGCUCUGAAAAAUAUCUGAUGUGAAAGAUCUAAUGUGAUUGGUCAAAAGACAAAUUAGUGGAAAAGUUAUCAUAAUUGGGCUGCCUGUGUAAACGCAGCCAUAGAGUCAAGACAUUAUAAUGGAACUGAUCAUGUUUCAUAUUGUUAGUUUGCCACUCAUCCUUUCUAACAUGGAUAAACUAAAAUAGUGCAGAGCACCUGAGUUUUACUUUACGUCUCUUUGCUACAAACCAGUCAACCGGUUACAUAAUGCAUGCAAGAGGGAAAUUAUUCACAACAUCUGAGUCUUAGCAACGAUGGACUGUGUGGACUCACGAGCAAUUACCCAUAGAGAAAGAUAAAUUUGGAUUACUGUGGUUUCCUGACUGUUACUCAAAUAAAUAAUACAUGUUUUGAAGGUUUGUGGAAAUAUUAAAUCACUUCAUGGAUUGCAAGGAAUUCAUUUCGCUGUGCUUGUGCAUGUGACAUUAAAACUUGAAACUGAAACUAAACCUUAAAAAAUGCCGAAAGUCCAUUUUAGAGAGAAUGCUAAAUAUAAUAGCUGAAUGUUGAAUGCUAACAUAAAUAGCAUAAAUACGGUUAUUGAACAGUCAGAGUAGUUUUAUUGCUCCUGUCAUGACUGGGGGUAGAUACAGUAUAUAGAGAUUUGUCUACGACUUUUGAUUUGAAUCUUUUAGUCUGGGAAGUGAAAUGUUUGCACUUAAAACAUAUUUUCUCAUCUCCUCGUAAUAAUAAAUGUGUAAUCUAUCAUAAAAUACUUUAAUUUGCUACAGUCUCUGGUCAUUUUAUUUACAAUAUCUAAGUACACUCUUGGCCAGGAUAAAUGAAGAUCAGGUAUUUGAUAGUUUAGGAAUAAUGUGUUGAGAACAUGUUCUCAGUCCAUUGACUUCAAGCUGUCCGUUAUUUGUAUUAUGACAGCAGUAUUUGGCUAGUGAGCUGGACAGAUGCCUGAUAUGUGUUUCAGUGAUAUGCAAUAACUUAUUCAUAUGUGAUUGAAGCGAAGUGAGUAUUGCAGAAGGAUUAUACAUUAUUUGGAGAGUUGGAGGAAAGCUUUCUUCUUCCUUUGUUGACUAUCAGUCUUAUUUUGUGCUUGGUUCACAAGCGCAGUCAGUGCUCUGUGUUAUAUGUCCAAUGCAGUCAAAGAGGAGUGAAACAAAGUGAUGGGAUAUUUGUUCCGCUGCUGGGCAUACAGACACUGACUGUUCUGUCUGUUCAUUCAUGCUUUGCGACUGACUGAUUUUUCAUAAAGUAAGAGGUUUCGCUGCGUUGAGCAGGCUUGGGGAGUAUUGCUCUAAAUGAGCAAUGGAAGCUGAGCUUGGGAGAGCUUACUGUCAAAUGUGUUUCCUCAUGUACCCCAGUUUGGUGAUUAUGAGAACAGGCCUCACUGGAGGCAGCCACUGUUAUCAAUUAAAGGACUGAAUAUAUGUCAAUUAUAUAUCUCUGACCUCCAGGCACCUUGUGUUAUUAAGAACCCGCUAUCUUUUUUCGGAUACUUGAUAGUCAGCUUUGGGAACAAACACACACAACCUUAAAAACACUUGAGUUGAUAACCAUGCCCAGAAUGGUCAGCCAAACUUCUCUUCUCUUCUCUUUCUCUCUCCUCCUCUUUCCCCCCUCUCCUCCCUCUGUUCUCUCCUCUCUCCCUCAAGGCAAGCCAACGUGUCGGUGCCCUGUAGGGUUUACAGGUCCGUUCUGUGAGAAGCGGGUGUGUGAUAACCACUGUCUGAAUGGUGGUACUUGUGAUGUCAGCUUAGGGAACCAGCCAGUGUGCCGCUGCAUGGCAGAGUAUACUGGAGACCGCUGUCUUUACCGUGAGUAAAUGGAUCCAAUUGCAUAUUGACUCUUGGAGUUGCCCAGUGUUUCUUGGGGUGGUCCUCUGUAGCUCAGUUUGUAGAGCAUUGCUCUUGCAAUGUCAGGAUAGUGGUUUGAUUCCCGGGACCACCCAUACAUACAAAUAUUAUGCACGCAUGACUGUAGCUUUCUUUGGAUAAAACUAUUUGUUUUGACCUGAAAGGGCAUUUCCUUCUUAGCUACAAAUACCACGUUUGGGCGAGAGAGUAAUUAUAAAUGCCACUCUAAACAACCUCUUGGGGUUUGUGUGCUGCACUGAUAAUAAAUGUCCUUCUCUUAUGUAGGCUUUGUCAUUAUAAAUUGUGAGGAAAACAAUUUCAACUGACACUAUUAGUGCAUUUCUACUGUUACUUGCCCAUGGGGUGAUACGUUUUCAUCUAUGGAUGAGAUGCCAUUUGAUGCAGAUAAUUAAGUCUCAUUAAAAGCCUGUAAAAUUCUAAUUAAACCAGCUGAAACUAUGCGCAGUUUCCUCAUUAUGAAAUGCUCUCUCUCUCUCUUUCUCUCUCUCCUCUGUUCUUUCUCUCCUCUGACAGACAUCUGCCACCACUACUGUGUAAACUCCAAGGCCUGUACGUUGUCCAGUAGUGGCCAUGUAGAGUGUGUGUGUCCGGUCAGAUACGAGGGAAACAAGUGUGAGGUGGAUAAGUGCCUGAGGUGUCACGGAGCACCUUGCCUCGUCAACGAUGACACAGCAGAUGUGGUCUGCAAGUGAGUUGUUGUUAGCAUCUUACGACAUUGCUUUAUAUUCUGUGUUGGGUUAACACCUUAUACUGUAAAACUAAGUGUUUAGAAUCUGAACACAUAACUGAACACUUUUCUGUUACGCUUUUUAAACGUGUCAAGGCAUUUUGAAUUUCAAUUCAGAACAUAAACACCAGAACAUGUUUAUUCGCUGUAACACUUUUUAAACACAUGAACAAGUUUAUUCAGCACAAGUCGUUAAGGUUUAAACACUAAACACUUUCGAGUGAAUGUGAGAGAUACCCACCCAUGACUGUGUUUGAUAGUGACAGAGACAUGGUUGUUGCAUUCAAUAACUUCUUAAUCUGAAACCUUCACCAAGUGUCUGUCUAAGUAAAUAUUUCAAUUAAAAGUAAACCCUUUAUGACCACAUAUAAUAUAUUUCAUAAGGCCUAGUUAUCCUCAACAUUGUGGUCUGAAAUCCUGGCACAUGGGCAACAUCAGACCUCCAAGUCACAAUAUGCUUCUUUCUGAAGUGAUUAGUAGUUCUAUCAGAAUCUAGUCAGAGGAAGGAUAGUAAACAAUUUGAAAAUGUUAUCACCCACAACCUGCACUAAGCGUGACUGGUAUGGUGAAGGACGUUAUUAACUAAAUUACCUGAAACUGAAACAACCAUCUCAGUAACGGGUGCAAUAAAUUCAACUGCUUACAGAUUGGAUUAGCUUUUGAUAAUUUAUCUUUCUAUGGUAUAAGAUCAAUUAAUCAAUCAAUGUGCAUGAGGAAACAUAUACAGUGGGGAGAACAAGUAUUUGAUACACUGCCGAUGUUGCAGGUUUUCCUACUUACAAAGCAUGUAGAGGUCUGUAAUUUUUAUCAUAGGUACACUUCAACUAUGAGAGACGGAAUCUAAAACAAAAUCCAGAAAAUCACAUUGUAUGAUUUUUAAGUAAUUAAUUUGCAUUUUAUUGCAUGACAUAAGUAUUUGAUACAUCAGAAAAGCAGAACUUAAUAUUUGGUACAGAAACCUUUGUUUGCAAUUACAGAGAUCAUACAUUUCCUGUAGGUCUUGACCAGGUUUGCACACACUGUAGCAGGGAUUUUGGCCCACUCCUCCAUACAGACCUUCUCCAGAUCCUUCAGGUUUCGGGGCUGUCGCUGGGCAAUACGGACUUUCAGCUCCCUCCAAAGAUUUUCUAUGGGGUUCAGGUCUGGAGACUGGCUAGGCCACUCCAGGACCUUGAGAUGCUUCUUACGGAGCCACUCCUUAGUUGCCCUGGCUGUGUGUUUCGGGUCGUUGUCAUGCAGGAAGACCCAGCCAUGACCCAUCUUCAAUGCUCUUACUGAGGGAAAGAGGUUGUUGGCCAAGAUCUCGCAAUACAUGGCCCCAUCCAUCCUCCCCUCAAUACGGUGAAGUCGUUCUGUCCCCUUUGCAGAAAAGCAUCCCCAAAGAAUGAUGUUUCCACCUCCAUGCUUCACGGUUGGGAUUGUGUUCUUGGGGUUGUACUCAUCCUUCUUCUUCCUCCAUCAGACCACAUGACCUUCUCCCAUUCCUCCUCUGGAUCAUCCAGAUGGUCAUUAGCAAACUUCAGACAGGCCUGGACAUGCGCUGGCUUGAGCAGGGGGACCUUGCGUGCGCUGCAGGAUUUUAAUCCAUGACGGCGUAGUGUGUUACUAAUGGUUUUCUUUGAGACUGUGGUCCCAGCUCUCUUUAGGUCAUUGACCAGGUCCUGCUGUGUAGUUCUGGGCUGAUCCCUCACCUUCCUCAUGAUCAUUGAUGCCCCAUGAGGUGAGAUCUUGCAUGGAGCCCCAGACCGAGGGUGAUUGACCAUCAUCUUGAACUUCUUCCAUUUUCUAAUAAUUUCGCCAACAGUUGUUGCCUUCUCACCAAGCUGCUUGCCUAUUGUCCUGUAGACCAACCAAGCCUUGUGCAGGUCUACAAUGUUAUCCCUGAUGUCCUUACACAGCUCUCUGGUCUUGGCCAUUGUGGAGAGGUUGGAGUCUGUUUGAUUGAGUGUGUGGACAGGUGUCUUUUAUACAGGUAACGAGUUCAAACAGGUGCAGUUAAUACAGGUAAUGAGUGGAGAACAGGAGGGCUUCUUAAAGAAAAACUAACAGGUCUGUGAGAGCCGGAAUUCUUACUGGUUAGUAGGUGAUCAAAUACUUAUGUCAUGCAAUAAAAUGCAAAUUAAUUACUUAAAAAUCAUACAAUGUGAUUUUCUGGAUUUUUGUUUUAGAUUCAGUCUCUCACAGUUGAGGUGUACCUAUGAUAAAAAAUUACAGACAUCUACAUGCUUUGUAAGUAGGAAAACCUGCAAAAUCGACAGUGUAUCAAAUACUUGUUCUCCCCACGGUAGGUGUUCUCCUGGUUGGAAACUGACUGGAAAAAGUUGACUAUCAUGUUUUAUCUUGCAUUCUAAACACCUGUGUUUAAGAUGAGAACACUAUUGUAAAAUCUAAAUGCCUAAUGUUGAAGUUUUAAACACUGACGUUUAGGUUAUAAAAGUGUCACGUUUCAUGGUUUUAAAGUGUAGAGCUAAUGCUUGACGUACUGUAGUUGAAUAGUCUUCCAUCUAAUGAUUUUACCAACAGAUUUUCUAUGGUUCAAAUUUAAUUUACAAUUCACAGCUUCAAAUAAAAUAGGCCAUAAUCACUACGGAUAAUCCGUAGUCUUGCAUUUCCAAACAAUGUAAGAAAGACAUAAACCGUGGGCCAACCAUCAGAGACAACAUUUUUCCUCUAUUUUCCUCCAGCUGUACUAAUGGCAGGAUAGCACCCAGCUGUAAGCUAUGUGACGGCUACUGUUACAACGGAGGUACCUGUCACCUGGACCCUGACACCAACCUGCCCUUCUGUCAGUAAGUACAGUAACUACUAGCAACGGCCUGGAAUAACAAUAGUUUAGGAAAGUUCUCUAUUCAUACUUUAUUAUUUAUUUAUUCUUCAUUACCAUUCAGUUAUGCCCGGCAGGCUGGCCUAUAGUGGAACCAAGUCUCAUUGGUCUUUUAUUCUAAUGAUUGAUUUUUGAAAAUAAGUGGUGGUGUGUAGAGGAUUAAUCGUUUUUUUUUUUUUUACACAGGGCUAAGAUUCUAAGUAAAGAGAAUGUUUGACACCAGUGGAUGCAGGCCAUGUCAUAGCAGGAUGUUAGGGCUCAAUAAGAGAAUGAGUCACACCUGGCUAUGGGUCUAGAUUUUUAGAAAUCUAGCCCUCUGUGGCGGAGUAGAAGUAAGAAAGCUCUGCAUGGGGUACAGCUACAGUCAUUGAAAGUAAACUCAAACUACUGAAACAUUACUGUUCAGAACGUAUCACACUGUUCUUUUGUCAGUGUGUCUCCUCUCGGUGGUAGGUUUCAGGAGAAAUAGUUUGUAUUUUGAUCCUCAGUGGUAAGGAGUGUGCACACACGCUAUGAGCGGCAGUGUCUCAAUGGCAAUAACUGGUAGAGUACAAUAGGUUAGCUCUCAGAGACCUGUGGGAAUCAUCCAGGAGAAAGAAUGCUCUGCACUUCUGGUGGUCCACAAAGAUUCAUUUCAGCUCUGCUAUUAUCAGGUGUGGUUCAAUGUUAAAGACCUCCCCACAAAGAUGAUUGGAAAUCCAUCUGAAAAGGCAAACCUUGUUGCUCUAUCUUUUUACUGUCCCAUUGUCCAUUGUAGUUACAAUUAAAUGUGUGGCCAUGGCUGGCACGAUUCAAGGGAUAUAAUCAAUUUCUAUGCAAAUGAUCCCAUCUCAUUUUCAACAAGGUUAACAGAUCUAGAUGAUGUGGUUUAUUCAUUGGCUGCGAGGCAUAGAGAUUAGGUGCGAUGAUGGAUACGUCUGUGUCAAGAAAUCAUAAUGUUUGACCUUAAACUAUAACAGAGUAAAUUAAUAUCUCAUCCAAGCCACCCCAGAAGCUCCACGAGCAGAAAUAUCCUCAUUGAGAUAGUAAUUUGCAGAUAACUGUCUUAAAGGUCUAAGGGAUUUUCAAAACUCAUCAGUGUGUUCCACCAGUAAAUAUAAUCAGUGUAUAUAAACAUAAUGUGGGUAUUAUAAUUGUUUUGAUGAAUUAUCAAGAUCAACAUGUUCAUAAAUAAUCCGAAUUUGCUUAUGUUUGUUAUUUUUCUGUAUUUAAAUGUUUCUGUUAAUUUUGUUAAUAAAUACUGUUUAUAAGCUUAGUGCGAAUUUAUAACAACAUACUGAACAAAACUAUAUAUUUUUGCCUCAAUGGAUGUAGCUGUCAUUAGUUUAGCUAAACAUAACGUUUCUAGUUUAGUUUUUGAUUAAUUUAUUCAUCAUGAAUGAUAAAAACAUAGAUUAUUUUAGAACAAAUCUAUGUAGUAUUUUGUUUGUUGCCAUGCUGAAGGGUUUCCAUCUGCCUAUACAGUACCUACCCUGCUCGUUUUUAUCAAUACCACUCCACCACACUGUUUUACAGCUGCACGUCAGGGUUCAAGAACCAACGUUGUGAUGAGCUGGCCAACCCAUGUGAUUACUUCUGUCAGAAUGAGGGGAUGUGCACUAUCACUGCCCUUAACAAACCCCGCUGCAAGUAGGUCCCUCCCUACCUCACUUCCUGUGUCUGUUCCAGAGGUCUCACCCUCCCCCCUCCCACCUCUCGUCAUUCAGCUUCAUUUCAGCAAGUGUGAUGCUCUAUUUGGCUGUUCCAGAGGUCUCACCCUCUGCCCUCUCGCCAUUCAGCUUCAUUUCAGUCAGUGUGAUGGUCUAUAUAACACUUUCUCACCUCUAAUACAGUACAUACUCCCUCUUUAACUCACUGCUAACCAACUGCGUCUCAUACAGCCCGAGCUGACAUGCCCUUCGAGUGACAUUCAAGUGCUGUCUGAUUGUGAAUAUAGGGGACCUGUUGUGAUCAAUGCAUGUAUGGUGAUUCAUUUUGCAAUGUGUUAGGAGACAGAAAAUGUGGACUUGGGACUUUGUGGAGAUGCAUAGUCUCUGCUGUAGCUCUGAAAUAAGUCAAUUCAAAAGCAUGUCAGUGAUUAUGUUGUAAAUAUAUUACAAACCCUUUUACAAAUCCGCUCAUCAGUUGCUCAUCAGCUCUUACCUAGUAUUUUCCCUAACAAUAUUUUAUUUGAUAUUUUACCCAUCAGAAAGGAUGAUUCAUUUGUAACUUGUUUCCCCCAUUAAAAUGCAUGAUUGUUUGUGCUGUGACAUUCUUUCUAUGGGGGAAUGAUUCAUUGUCUGUAUGCGUGGGAUGCAAUUCUCAUUCUUAUUCCUGAUCAUUUGGUGUUGUGAUUCUUGCAGUGCAUGUAAUUUAGUGUAAUUUCAUUCCUUCCAUCACCAACCAGUUGCAGUGGUCAGACUGCUCAUGCUUUACAGACACAUCAGCGUCAAUCACGCUCAAUAGGAAAUCACCUCCUCUAACUCCUCUAACUUUGGCAUUUAUCACUCCCAUUGGAUCCCAUCCAAACAGCAAACUAGAUGAGUCUGUUUUCUGCUGAAUAUUCAUCCUGUUAAUCUACUCACUAUGUUAUCUACCCAUGUAUCUACCCAGCACUACUUUUAGAUGUCUUCUAUACGCUAUGUAUGAAAUAUACUGCACAAAGGGAUUCUCUAAGAAAAUCUGUAAAAAUGUUAUCCAUGGUUGACUGUCUGUUCCCAUAGCACUCCUUUUAUGUGGGGAUUAAGGUAGAGACAGCAGAAGACUAUAGUUGAUUUUCUCCUCUCUGAUUGGUCUGUUCCAGGUGUUCAGUCAAUUGGGCAGGCACACAGUGUGAAAGGCCCGCCCCCAAGAGCAGCAGAUCAGACAACACCAGUGGAGGUGAGUGCAGAAGUCACAUGACUCACCCAGUGUCAUACAUGGCAUACUACCCAUCCUCUAGUUAGCCUUUUGGUUGGGGUCAGGUGGAUUGUCUACUAGUGUAAUGUAUACCCCCAUUUGCUUUGGCUGUUCAAGAAAGCUAAUUGGAUGACAUUUUACAUACGCUCUUAUCCAGAGUGACUUAGGGUUGUAAUUAGGGUUAAGUGCCUUGCUCAAGGGCACAUCGACCGAAUUUUCACCUAGUCGGCUCUGGGAUUCAAACCAUCAACCUUUCUGUUACUUAACCACUAGGCUACAUGUUAACUCUUGUAAUGAGACUGUGAUAACACUAACAGUCAUCCUGAAUGCUAAAGCAGUUGCAUCCUUUCUCUUCUCUGUUUCAGGGAGCAUAGCCAUCAUCGUACCUCUGGUCCUGCUGGUGAUCUUGAUCACAACGGUGGUGGCAGGCAUUUUCAUCUGCAAAAGAAGGCAGAGGUACAAUAUGUUAAGCCUAAUAAGUAACUAUGCUGGCUGGUGUUUCCUGUGAUAUGUGUAUAAGUAUGUGUUGUGAUUUAGAUUUUGUGUUUGCCAAGAAUGCCUUUAUUGUUGCCAGACACAUUUUCAUAUGUGACAAUAAAGUAUUAAAUUCAAUUGAAAUGUUGGUGUGGCUGGUGAUCUCAGGUACCAGCCAGGUCACCCGUGAUACAAGUCAGUAUUCGACGUCCAUCUAUGUCUGAGGACGUCAGGAGAUGACGUGGAUACCGGCCACUAGGGGCAACAGGGAGCGCUUUUACCUUCAAGUAGGUUUCGGUUUUGCUAGGGUGUUGGGGAUGGCGGAUGUGCGUAAGCACCUGCCUCUGAUUCCAUAGGUUGCAAGUUGAAAUCCAGCAAUAGAAAGUCAUUUUUGUUUUAAGCCUAUCCCAAACCUUAACCCUUACCUUAACUAUUCGGAGUUAAUGCCUAACAUUAAGAUUUCAGAGUUUUUGCCUAAACCUAACCCUAACCUUAAAUAUUCGGAGUUAAUGCCUAAACUUAACCUUAAACACUUCGAAAUUUGACAUUUAGAACAACUUCGAAAUUUGACGUUUGAGAAACAUGGAUGAACGUCUAAUUCUAACGUGAGACUGUGAGAGCUAGUUGCAGGUACAACAUACCAUGAAUUAUCUUAUGUUAAUGAUUGCUAAUUGUCCUCCUCCUCCUCCCAGGGGGAAGAGGGUGACGAGGCAGCCCAUGACGAAUGGAGGGAUCAACGUGGAGAUAGGAAAUCCUACUUACAACAUGUAUGAGGUCGACCAUGACAACCAUGCAGAUGCUGGCAGCCUUCUGCGACCAAACUUUACACUGGACCCUCAUAAGGUUUGUAUUGGCAGACUAUGUACAAAAUCAGCCAUUCAUUUUGUGCGUAAUAACAUGUUGUAUGAAUGCAAAAACUCAGUUUGGCUCACUUUUGUAAGUGUGUAUUGCUAAAGAAAAUCUUUAUUUGUGUUUCUAUAUUUAUCUGGGAUAAUAUAAUUUACAGAGACAUAACAUUGUAGUCUCAUCUGUUAAUACAUCAGUAUGAAACCAUCAUCCAUCUAUUUCUGGUAUCAUAGUCAUGUAAUCAGUGGUGUGAUUAACAAAAUGAGGCUUUAGCAUCUCCUCAUGUGGCAUACCAAAUCAAAUUUCUACCAGACUUUCUAUCCACUGUAUUAUCUGAUAAAGAUGUGUAGUUACAUUAGCAGAUGGAGCACAAACCUCAGGUAUGUGGAGAGAAACAUUAUUCAGGCGCUCUGUACCAAGGGAACAUUUUAUCUUCUGUUGAUUCAUUUUCUUCAUGGGCCUCAACACGCACUAACGCCCCGAAUAUCAAAUCAAUCAUAACAGCUUUACUGAUCUAUCUUGUUAUCUUACUUGCCUGCUACCACUUCAAGCUUAAUGCAUUUGCUUCUCGCCAUGCCAACUUUGACAUCUGGUAGUGUCAGUCCCACCUGUAUCCCUUUGCAUUAGAAAGGUCAGGCUGACUGAAUCACAACUAGAUAACUCCACUAACACUUCUUUAUCAUAUCAGUGAAUACUGUAAGAGGAAGUUGCCAUGGUUUUUGUUGAAUUUGCAUCCACAAUCUAAGUUCCAAAACCAAAAAUGGUUGGACAAUUGUUGAUCUCAUUUUCUAAUCAUUACAUCAUUUUGAGUUCCUCACUGAUGUUGAUAUAUAAUUGAUUUUCAGUUGGAUUAUAUCCAUAUACACUUGUGGUAAAGUGUAUGCUGGUUGAGAACAGCUUGGCCUUGUGGCAUGGUGAACAUUGGCAGAACUUGUGUGUUGCAGGGCUGGUGUGUGAAGUCCAGUGACCCUCGCACCCUGGGCAUACAUACUGUGCCCAAGGAGGUGAUACCUGGACAGGUGAUUUCUCCCAUCCUUCCCCUUAGUUUAGACAACCAACCUCGUACAGAGGAUGCAUACUGUCAUGCCAUUCACUAUAGAAGGAACAGAGAGCUGUAGAAUGUUUGUAAAUCUCCUUUUGGAAGGAAACCUGCAAACUUGCAAACCUGCAAACUUGUCCAUGAAAAGGAAGCUGAAUGACACUUUUAGAAAUGCCAAAGUAGUCUGUUGCUUCUGUGUCGAGAAAUAAUAUUGCAAUACUGUGUGUAUUGCAGUGCAACAUAUCAGAUAACUUUUUUUAAAGGGAUACUUCGGGAUUUUGGCAAUAAGGCCCUUUAUCUACUUCCCCAGAGUCAGAUGAACUUGUGGAUACCAUUUUUGUCUCUGCAUGCAGUUUGACGUAAGUUGCCAACUAGCGCUAGCGCAAUUGCUAACUGGCGUUAGCGCAAUAACUGGAAGUCUAUUGGUAUCUACUAGCAUGCUUGAAGAUACCCAUAGACUUCCAGUCAUGGCGCUAACGCUAGUUAGCAUUGGCUCACAAAACCACGUCUGACUUCCUUCAUACUGGACACGGAGACAUACAAAUGGUAUCCACAAGUUCAUCUGACUCUGGGGAAGUAGACAAAGGGCAUCAUUGCCAAAAUCCUGAAGUAUCCCUUUAAGUUACAGUAAGUUAUAGUAAAUUACAGAUAGUACUGUAGGAAAUCGUCAUCAUACAGGGCACCAGAUUAUAAAGGGUAUUUUCUUAUGCAUUGUUGAGAGCUGUGCUAAUAUGAUACAGUGAGGGAAAAAAGUAUUUGAUCCCCUGCUGAUUUUGUAUGUUUGCCCACUGACAAAGAAAUGAUCAGUCUAUAAAUUUAAUGGUAGGUUUAUUUGAACAGUGAGAGACAGAAUAACAACAACAAAAUCCUGAAAAACGCAUGUCAAAAAUGUUAUACAUUUAUUUGCAUUUUAAUGAGGGAAAUAAGUAUUUGACCCCCUCUCAAUCAGAAAGAUUUCUGGCUUCCAGGUGUGUUUUAUACAGGUAACGAGCUGAGAUUAGGAGCACACUCUUAAAGGGAGUGCUCCUAAUCUCAGCUUGUUACCUGUAUAAAAGACACCUGUCCACAGAAGCAAUCAAUCAAUCAGAUUCCAAACUCUCCACCAUGGCCAAGACCAAAGAGCUCUCCAAGGAUGAAAGGGACAAGAUUGUAGACCUACACAAGGCUGGAAUGGGCUACAAGACCAUCGCCAAGCAGCUUGGUGAGAAGGUGACAACAGUUGGUGCGAUUAUUCGCAAAUGGAAGAAACACAAAAUAACUGUAAAUCUCCCUCGGCCUGGGGCUCCAUGCAAGAUCUCAUCUUGUGGAGUUGCAAUGAUCAUGAGUACGGUGAGGAAUCAGCCCAGAACUACACGGGAGGAUUUUGUAAAUGAUCUCAAGGCAGCUGGGACCAUAGUCACCAAGAAAACAAUUGGAAAACACACUAUGCCGUGAAGGACUGAAAUCCUGCAGCGCCCGCAACGUCCCCCUGCUCAAGAAAGCACAUAUACAGGCCUGUCUGAAGUUUGCCAAUGAACAUCUGAAUGAUUCAGAGGAGAACUGGGUGAAAGUGUUGUGGUCAGAUGAGACCAAAAUCGAGCUCUUUGGCAUCAACUCAACUCGCCUUGUUUGGAGGAGGAGGAAUGCUGCCUAUGACCCCAAGAACACCAUCCCCACCGUCAAACAUGGAGGUGGAAACAUUAUGCUUUGGGGGUGUUUUUCUGCUAAGGGGACAGGACAACUUCACCGCAUCAAAGUGACGAUGGACGGCGCCAUGUACCGUCAAAUCUUGGGUGAGAACCUCCUUCCCUCAGCCAGGGCAUUGAAAAUGGGUCGUGGAUGAGUAUUCCAGCAUGACAAUGACCCAAAACACACGGCCAAGGCAACAAAGGAGUGGCUCAAGAAGAAGCACAUUAAGGUCCUGGAGUGGCCUAGCCAGUCUCCAGACCUUAUUCCCAUAGAAAAUCUGUGGAGGGAGCUGAAGGUUCGAGUUGCCAAACGUCAGGCUCGAAACCUUAAUGACUUGGAGAAGAUCUGCAAAGUGGAGUGGAACAAAAUCCCUCCUGAGAUGUUUGCAAACCUGGUGGCCAACUACAAGAAAGGUCUGACCUCUGUGAUUGCCAACAAGGGUUUUGCCACCAAGUACUAAGUCGUGUUCUGCAAAGGGGUCAAAUACUUAUUUCCCUCAUUAAAAUGCAAAUCAAUUUAUAACAUUUUUGACAUGCAUUUUUCUGUAUUUGUUGGUUGUUAUUCUGUCUCUCACUGUUCAAAUAAACCUACCAUUAAAAUUAUAGACUGAUCAUGUCUUUGUCAGUGGGCAAACGUACAAAAUCAGCAGGGGAUCAAAUACUUUUUAACCUCACUGUAUGUCUGUCAAAUAUCUAACAGCAUUUUCACUUCCUCAAUGCAGCCCUUGAACUACUCCAACCCAGUGUAUGCAAAGAUCUACCUUGACGGACAGAACUGUCGCAAACCGGUCAUCAACAUAGACGAGAGGAGAGGGCUACUCCCAAAGAAACUAGAGGGGACAAUUCGCGAAACCGCAGCAUAG